ACUCACACACAGGAGAGCAGAGUGUGGGGAAAGAGAAGCUGUCAGCAGACGGACGUAUGGCAAGGAGGGCUCCCUGACAUUCUACACCCGAACAAGAUCUUUUUUUUUUGGUACUGCUGUUUCUGUUUUGUUUUUUAAGUCGCAAAAGAGAGACAGGUGACAUCCCACCCACUGCCACCCCAUCUGCAACCAUGCUUCACUCUCCUUCUCCACUGAAAACAGCACUGGCUUAUGAGUGCUUCCAGGACCAGGCCAAUUCUACUCUAGCGUUGCCCUCGGAUCACAAGCUGAAAACUAGGGGGACAGGAAAACAAAGGGUCCAGGAGCAGGUGAUGAUGACGGUGAAACGGCAAAAGCAAAAGACCUCCCUUUCAUCAGCAUCGAAUGCAGCAGGCCACUCCAACCGAGGUAAAUACCUAUCACUGCUAUGAUUAACAAGGGAUGACCGCUGAGUGUGAGAAAUUUGACAGUACAGCGCUUGCCCUAUCUGAUGCCUCUUUGAGCUUAAGAAUGUGUGGUAUUGGGCAUUGUCCAUUGGAGUCAAUACAGCUGGUGUCAUUUGGUUCUCUGGGCAGGUUGUGUUCUGGUGAUACCAAGGAAGUUUUGCAAUGUCUCGAGGGAUAACUAGGGAUUUGGGGAUCCCAGUCUUAGUAGUUUUGCAGCUUAGUGCCGAAAUGGUUUCAAGAUAGGCCAUGGGAAUCUAGUUAAGCUGAAGGACUUUGAUUUGGAUUGUGUAGGUUGAUUUGGAAUUGCAAGGUGGUGCUAAGAGCAAAUGCUUCUGCUUUGAGAUGAAGUAGGUUGGAGUUGAACAUCUUCUAGCCAGUUUCAUCCUCAAGAUUCCCAUAAUUCUAUCGUGAAUGACUGGUACAAUUUUGCGAAAGUUAACCACAGAUAAAUUCCACGGACUUCAGCAAGAGAGGAAACCAUUCCAAUUUAGAGUCAUGGAAUCAUAGAAGUCAAGCAAUUCCCACUAAAACCAAUGAGAUUUGUAAUGCACAAUUUAACUUAGAUCCAAGGGUUUGAUAUUAUCUGGAGUCUUGACAGCAUUUCAAGUCUAUUUAUCUACAAAUUGGAAAUGGUAUGCACCCCAGCAGGAAAGUUGUCCGGUUGAAAUUAAGGCAUGUCCAUAGAUCUGCUGUGACUGUCAAACAGAGAAUGUUGUUACUACUUAUUUGCACCACUGAUCUAAGUACUCUGUAACUUUCCAGACAGUGAAAGAAUAUUCAACAUUAGUCAUUCACAGAGCAGACGUGCUGAAACCAAUAGAUUUACAUAACCCAAGUCCAUUGAUUUCAAUGGUACCUCCUGAAGUAUAACUUAGUUGGAUUAAACCACCCCUGGUUUUUAUUUUACAGCUCGUGUGUCAACUUCUGCACACCUUAAACUGCAAAUGAUCUUGAAAAACACACAUACACACAUAUAUCAAUUAAGCAAAGUGUGUGGCUUUGUGCUUUUUACAUCACUGUUCUUAAUUAGUGUUCUAAGAUUAUUGAGCAAACCCCAAAGCCUGGCCUCUGUCUCCCCAGUUCAUGACAUUGUUAUUCAAAGAAUGAGGUUUUUAAAAAUCUAAUUUGGGAGCACUUUAACACACACCUUCUUUUUGUAUGAGACAGUGAAGUUUCAUGAUUUCAAGCUGCUGCUGCUGCUGCUUCUUUUGAAAAUCUUUGGGAGUGAAUCAUUCAGGCUAAAACCACAUUUAUAGCUGUACUUUGUAUUUUCAUGACUCACAUCUUGAGGAAUUUAUACUUAAAACUACUCCAGCAGAUUGUAUGCAUUGUAGGCAGAUUGUGCGAAGUAACUAACUAUGUGAAUUAAAAACCUUAAAAUGAAGCAGAAUGCUAGGUAGUUGUGCACUAUGUCCCUGGUGGUCCUUAGGGAUAGCGAACAAGACAUGCUACUCUUGUCUGCAUGGCAGGACACUUGGCUGACGAACACUGUGGAGUUGUGUCUUAACAUCUUAUCCGUGUGUGAGAUAAUUUGUCCUUCAUAUCUCAGACUUGAGAGUCAGACCCAUGGCCCUGUAAAUUUCAGCUCAUUUCGGAAAGGAUAAGACUCCAUUAAAAGCAAAGAGUGAAGUAAUGUGCGACAGGAAGCAUUUGUCUCUGACAAUUCUUUCAUUGAUAGCCAUAUAUUCCAUGGUCAAAAUAGCAAAGGAUUCUACCAGGAAAGGUUAUCCUCUGUGUAUCCUCUAUGCAUAGCAAGGCAAAAGGAUUUGCCUAUGGUCACUCAGCAAAGCUAUGCGCAACUGAGUGUCGAUAUAAACCCCUUGAUGUUCUGUUACAUGAAGGAUUUCAGGUUACGUGACGGAUUGCCUGUUGCUGCAUAGACCAGUAAGAUCACUUGGAUCAUCUGAGGAAAUUUUACUUGGGGCUCUGACUCUAUCAAAUAUCACAGGGUGGUGACCCCAAAACAGGCUUUUUCUGUCAUUGACCUUGCACUGAGGAAUGCCCUUUUGUCCGUCAUACACAAAGCAUCAUCUGUUAGCAGCUUCAGACUUCCUGUGAUGAUAUACCUUUUUACCCAAAUGCUCCCUGACCCACAAGAUUUGGACUGUCAUUUUUGGAUUCCUGUUUUCAUCUAUUUUUAUUUAAUAGGAUUUUAUGGGUUUUUAAUGUUUUGUCUCUGUUUUUAUUGUACUGUUUUAUUGGUUUAAUGCUAUUUUGUAUAACACUUAGAGGGUUUUUCCGGUUAAUAUUAGGCAGUUUAAAGACGCUUAUAAACAAAUAAUUGUACCCCAAACAAUCCUCCUAGGAUUAAAUAGGUCACCUGUCUAUUCACAAUUGGGUUUGAUAAAACAGUGUGCUCCUUGUAACUCAUAUCUUUUGCACCAAGGCUAUCAUUUGUAAGCAACUUCUGUUAUAGUUAAGACUUCAGUUGGUUGGUUAAGUGUUAUGGGAAAGUGGCUUAGCUAGUUUUUAGAAAUGUGACAAUUUUUAUUCAAGAGAUAAAUAACAGUUACUUAGAUCAAGGCCCCUUGGAUGUUCUGGGCUGCUAUUGCUGUCAUCCUUGUUGCGCUGGCUUGGACUGAUCAGUGUUGAAGUUCAACAGCGAACUUCUGGAAAGACACUUUGCGUAUGACUUUUUCACGUUUGAGAGUCUGGGUGAAAAAAUUAUUUGCUCUUGAUGUACGUGCAGAGGAGAAGAUAUUUAUCAUGACCCAGCACAUUUGUUGGGUGUUAAAAUCCCACUUGACCAUUCACAAUUUUUCCAGCGAAUAGAUUGAUUUCUAAGUUGGAAAAUAAUAAUAUAUGAAUUGCCUUUCAUAAACUUGGGAUACUUGGUUCGCUCUGAAAAGCUUGUACCAGCAACCUUAGUCUACGAGAAGAGGAGUGGUUAGUUGCAGCACAGAUUGAAUCAAACAUCAGAUGUUCUCAGCUUUGGUUUUGGGUAUCAACGAGAACUCUGAAAGACAUGGCUCACACUUUCUUUUUGAUCACAUAUGCAUCUGAGGCCGAAUUUUGUCUUUUUAAAAUAAAAAGCAGUCUAAUGUGGCUUUAUUUGAGAGCUGCAGAAUGUGAAAGUGAACUAUUCAUUUCCCCAUUCCACCCCUUUAUUUUAUUUUAUUUUAUCUACCAAAAAUUGCCCCCUCCCGACAAGCUAUUUUCUGAUCUCAUGGGAUAUGCUAAGGAUCAUUCCUUUGAGUUGCUCAUCUCCUUGUGACUGACUCCUCAUUUGUUUUCCAAUAUGAGUGGGAAAGGAACUUGGGGUUGAAGCACAAAUGGCAGGGAGGGAAGGGUUAAAGCAGUCCCUCUCUCAUUAUUCAUCAGCUUCCAACCACAGCUUUCCAAGGCUGCUUUUCAGUUUUAGGAAAAGCACUGGGAAAAGAGACACAGAACUCUGCGUUGUGGAGAAGAAGGGUGUCAGUGCUUCCAGAUGAGAGCUUAAUAUUUUAAACAGCCAUUGAGAUAUAAUUGAAACUCCCAUCGGAAAGAAAAAAACUCCACAAGUUUUUGGUUUUUAAAAGAAUUUAUUGGAUUGUCCACAGGGUAGAGUAAAUCUGCAUUAAAUGAGAUUUACUGGCACUUGCUGGCAUUUUGAUGUCAACAAUGUUGCAUGGAUGCAGCAAAAAAUAAAAUGAAAUAAAAUAAUUCAGCGUGUGAAGAGCAUGCCAUCCCACAAUAAAUACCCACCUAGAAGCACCCUGCAUGUUUAAAGUGGCAUUUCAGGAUACCAAUACAGCAACAACUGGAAUUUGUGUUUAUUAUGUUAGGUCUACUUUUUAUGUAAGAAUGACGGCUUAGUGGGAUCAGCUAGGUGGAUGAUAUCUAGUAAAAACAGAAAACACAGUAUCUUAAAUCCAUCAACUGUGUUAUUUACACAUUUAUUUUGAGCAGUAACCCAAAAUAUUUAUUUCUAUAAUUUACGUUAAAUUGAAUAAAAUUAUUGCAUGUUUUCUAAAAGAGUCAAUAUUUCUAUUUUGACACAAUGCUAGUCCUAUGCAGCGUAGGUUCAUUGAAAUUAAUGAACACAGCUAACUUGGGUCCAUUAAUUUCAGUAGAUCUACUCUGAGUAAACCUUUAGUGAAAAUAUGUCAUCUGCUUUCUAACAUAAUCUCCUUUAGUAGUUGUAGAUGAACCCCACAGACUUUCUGUUCCUGAGAAACAAAAUGGUUUCAUGCAUUGGUCUUCUAUUAGAUGUUGUCCAGAAAAUACCAACACCGCAAAAGAAUUCUUUUUUAGGCUGGAUAAGGGAUACACACCCUUUUCAAAUUAAUUGUACAUUGCAAACUUAUGAUUUAUGGCAGGAUAGUAUUUGUUGGAUGUAAAGUUCAUAAAGUGGUUGUGUAACUAACAUCUGAGCAACAGUAAGUUGCUAAAAUUGGGUGGCAAUCUCUCUAGAAUGCUGAUGGAACACAGAUAAGAAAUUGCAGAGAAAUAGCUGUUGCUGGCAGCCUGCCUGCCUGAAAGGUUGCUAACAUAAAGUGCAAAAGAAGUGGAAUCCAAAAUUAAGCCUAAAUUGAGCAUCUAUCAUAGAAGUAAAAAUAAUAAUUAAGAACAGAAUUAUUACAUUGGAGUAGACAUAGGUGACUGACGUCAUUGUAGAAAAGGAAAUAACACAGUUUUUCUCAAUGGAUAGAUUCAUAAGGGUAAUAAAGUCCAUUAAUUUUCAGAAAGCUGUCACAAACUCAGUUUUUAUAGACAUUUUAACAGUCCCUGGAUAAAAGGAAACAUUUGUGUGUGUCAUGAUGUCAUGAUGAUUGGUUUUAGAUUAACUGUUAUCAUUGCAGAUAGCUUGUUGAACAAUGUAGAUAAUGUUGAAUAAGACAGAUAAAUGGAAAUUCUGCAAAUGGAAAGCAUGGUAGCAAGAUAGCAUCUUUGGUGAGCAACGGCAGUUUGCAUAAUGUACAAGGAGAGAGGGAAGGAGGAUUUUGCCUUGGUCAAUCAAUAAACGUGAGCUUCCGAUGAUGUAAAUGGCUAUUAAACAGAAUAAAAUCAAGAUUUGUGAAUUUAAGGAAGACGUAUUUUGGGUUUUUUCUUUUCUUUUAAGGAGUUGCUUGUCAUUGAUCAGUGGCAUCUUAAGUUCAUUUUACAUAUUAAAGGUAAAAAAGUAUUAUACUUUGUAUAUGUAUAAUAUUAUAUAUAUUAUACUCUGGUAAAAUGAGUAUUUGGCCAAUAGUCAAUCUUGUCUUCCUGAAGUGUGAAUCUGUAUGCUACCUGUUUUAAGAAUAUAUAUUAUACUUUAUAUUUUUACAUCUAUCAGGCCAAAUGUAAGCACUUGCAAUGCUUCUUUGGCUUCCAUGGGAAAAUUUCAACCACUGAAUUUGAACCAUUGAAAUAAAUGGAAAUUGAGUGCAUAUGUCUUGCUGAAUCUUACCCAUAAUGCAACAAGAAUGGUAGUGGCUCUGUAGGACUAACCUGGCCCCACCCAUCUCCACCUCUCCUUUGUGCAAUUGUUCCACAUUAAUAUAAUGUAUUUGCAUUCAUUGCAACACACACUAGGCUUUGUUGGUUUGCUCAGUUGUCAGUUGGUUGUAUAUACAUAUGAAGCGUAACAUUUUUAAAGCAGGGAUUCCCCCCCCCCCCAUUGUGCAGAUUAGUAUAAUUUUUAGAUGCUGAACAAUAAUAAUAUUGGUGAUACUUGCAACCCCUCAUAUUAAUGAAAGGAAUCCAUAAAGUAUUUGUUUGUUUUUCUGGAAAGUGUUACUAAUGACAAAGGCAAAAAGAAAAGAAGUAAGUGAAGUACAGUGGUACCUCUGGUUACGAACUUAAUUCGUUCUGGAGGUCCAUUCUUAACCUGAAACUGUUCUUAAGCUGAGGUACCACUUUAGCUAAAGGGGCCUCUCACUGCCGCUGCGCCGCCGGCGCACAAUUUCUGUUCUCAUCCUGGGGAAAAGUUAUUAACCUGAGGUACUGCUUCCGGGUUGGCAGAGUCUGUAACCCGAAGUGUUUGUAACCUGAGGUGUUUCUAACCCGAGGUACCACUGUAGACAGAAAGUAUCAUCGUACUUCUUCGAUUGGUAUCUUCCAGAUUUACAGCUAGAGAGGAGUAGGAGAGGUCAGAUCUUUACUAAUGCUUGGGAAUGUAGAUGUACUGCCUAUCAUGGCUGCAAGGGAUGAAACUGCAGCACAUAAACUCAAACUCUCUGCACAUUUGGAGACAAUAUGGCCCACCUUGGUCAAUGCUAUAUGGUUCAUGUGCAGAGUAGGAACGUAUGAAGCUGUCUUAUAUUGAGUCAUGCCACCGGUCUGCCUAGUUCAGUAAUGGCUACACUAACUGGAAGCGACUCUCCGGGAUUUUAGACAGGGUUCUCUCCCAGUCCUACCUGGAGAUGUUGGGAAUUGAGCCCUUCCCCAAAUUAUGAGGGGGAUCCUUAGAUAGUAAUGCCAUUUCAUGGCUCUGCAACAACAACAACAACAACAACAACACAGGCAAGUAGCAUGAGGUGAAAAUUGUGUAGAACAUCCACAACACCAUAUAAUUUAAGCUGAAAAUCCAUAUAGAAGGACUGAAACUAGAUUUUUUUUUGAUAUGUUAAGAAUUUAAAUAGUGUCAAAGUCUCUUAGGGUGUGUCACAUGCUUCAAAGAUCAACAUCUUUCGAGUGCUCAUUGCCUCAGAACAUUUGUGCAUAGUUUAGGACUUUUAAAUAGAAAUAACAUUUGUUUCCCCAAAUGCUGGCCAUUUACAUAUUUUACAACCCUCUUUAAGAGUUUUGCUUUCACAUUGCAUUUUAGUCCCUUUUGCUUUUAGUUAUUGCAAUCUUUCUUUUACUCAGAAAUGCAUUGGGAGAAUAAAUCACUCCCUGUGCACCUCUCUUCAUUUUUCAUGUUAAAUGCACUAAUAGCACACUAUAGCACUGUGUUGCUACUUUUAAAUGUUUGAUUUUUUUAACCAGGGUUUUAAAAAUGCAGGGCCGCUGGGGCUCUCAUGAGAGCCUUGCAGUGCAAUAUUAUACAUGUCUACUCAGAAGUAAGCCCAAUUGGCUUCAGUGGGACCCAUGUAAAUGAGUAGAGGAUUGCACCAUACAAAGUACUGGGUGCUCACAACACCAAUUACUGUCAGCUGAUAACAAAAAUGAAUUCUAGUAAUGUGCAGAAAGGUGUGGAGAAUGCCCACAUGGGAGAUUCCAGAUGUGUGUCCUUUCCUUCAGUACCAUCAAGAUUCCUGGACAGCUGAUAUCUUUCUAAACAUGAACUGUGGCUUAACCUUUGUCUAUCACUUUCCAUUUCAAAGAUAAGGUUAACCAGCUGGAUAGACACAUGUCUUUAUAAAACACACACACAGCAAUCCAGAGCUAUAGGUAUGCUGCAAAGUACAAACACAAGUCGGCAUGCCAAUAUUUGUUUUCAGAAAUUCUGGCAAUUCAGGCUAAUCACCUCUUUCUUCAACAAGUAGCAAUGUUGUUGAAAAAGGGAUCAAGUUGUUUGUCUGUUUUAGUUUCUGGUUUUGUUGUUACGCUUUGUGGUUGCUCAUUUCUGAUGAUGACUGCCAUCUUAGUUCACAGAUAAAGCAGAAAGCGAUAAUAAUAGUAAUGAGAAUAGUAAUCAUCAUCAUCAUCUAUCCAGAUUGCGCAUGCCAGCAUGCAAAAGAUUUGUCUAGAUUUGCACAUCUUAUUCUCGGUCCACCCCUCCAAUGGGAUUCCACACUGAGAGGUUAAGUGGGAGAAAAGAUAAGACUCAACUUAGUGGAAGGGGGUUGAGUUCUCCUCUGGACUGGCUUUCUCAGCAGAAUGGUGACGGCGCGGAACAGUGCACAUAUGUGCAGACUUAACACAUGCAACCUGCAAAAUGGCACCAGCCACCUCCACACACUUCUUAUUAAGGGGCAGAUCCCUACACAGUGCUGCAAACUUGACAUAUGUUUACAUUCACAGCACACUGCUUUAUUACACUGUUCUAUGAAACUGAACAGCAGAAAUUACUCUGCUGAAGUUUUCUUUUUUAGGUUUGUCUGGCAUCCUUCAGUUCUGGCAGGGCCUGUAAAAUCUGGCUGAUCAGCAACCCUCGUCUCCUGCACUCCAGAACCUUGUGAGCAUCUGUCUGUAUAUCAAAGACCUUGCUUCUACAAGGGAUUAAGCAUUACAGUAUCUAAGUGAGUGGGCUGAGUUGUGCCAUAUAUUUUUCUCUCUAUUGGCAUUAUGGUGCACACAGGAAAGAUGAUUAUGAAUGAACCAGUGUAGUUCUCACUGACGGUGUCUGAGUGGGAACUUUGUUGCAUGUUGGGACCAUACAUGGUUCACUAGGUGUCAAUUAGGAUAAAAUGAUAACAUCGUUUCUCCCAUCAGAACCCAAAUGCUUUCAUGUACAGUGGUGCCCCGCAAGACGAAUGCCUCGCAAGACGGAAAACUCGCUAGACGAAAGAGUUUUCCGUUUUGGAGGUGCCUCGCAAAACGAAUCUGCAAUGGGCUUGCUUCGCAAGACGAAAAUGUCUUGCGAGUUCCUGGGUUUUUUUUUUCCUUUCCCCCCUCUUUUUUCUAAGUCGCUAAGCCGCUUAUCUGCUUAUCUGCUAAGCUGAUAAGCUGCUAAAAGCCGCUAAAAGCCGCUAAAAGCCGCUAAAAGCCGCUAAUAGCGCUAAUAGCGCGAAUCCGCUAAUCCCGUCAAUGGGCUUGCUUCGCAAGACGAAAAAACCGCUAGACGAAGAGACUCCCAGAACGGAUUCUUUUCGUCUUGCGAGGCACCACUGUAUGUGUGACACCUGGUGGAUUACUUGUGGGGACCGGAUGAAAUGAACACAAAGUCCUGUAUGUGAUUAUAGCACCACAUACAUAUCAGAAGAGUUUUGCCUUAUAAAAUUAUUCCCAGAGGACUAGGGCAAAGAAAUGUGUGAGUGUGGUUUAUAAGGCCAAUCUACUUCUAUAAAUUCUCAAUAAUAAUAAUAAUAAUAAUAAUAAUAAUAAUAAUAAUUUUGGGCAGCUCCCAACAGAACACUACAAACAGAAUAACACUUCAAACAUUAAAAACUUCCCUAAACAGGGCUGCCUUCAGAUUUCUUUUAGAAGUCAGAUAGUUGUUUAUUUCCUUGACAUCUGAUGGGAGGGUGUUCCAUAGGGCAGGUGCCACUACCGAGAAGGCCCUCUGCCUGGUUCCCUGUAACCUCAUUUAUUGCAGUGAGGGCCCUUGGCACUGGACCUCAGUGUCCAGGCUGAACGAUGGGGGUGGAGACGCUCCUUCAGGUAUACUACCUAAGAGAGCAAGAGAAGGAGAAAAUGCUGUUUUAUAUACAGGUCCUGUGUCGCUAUUCCCAUCCCACAGAGGCAAUGUGCUUUAACAUUGAAUUUAUAUCGGGUUUAAGAUAUUUGUGAAUGGGGAUCAUGUUCAGAAAAUACACAGCACUACAAAUUAAACUGCAAUAUUGGUAACCCACCAGAGUUCCACGUGCAGGAAAAAUGCAGAGUGGGUUCCGUGCCCAUUAACAUAACUGCAGACUAGAAAAUGGUUACCGAAACAGCAUUUUUGCCUUACAGCAGCAACCAGUGAAGGAGGUUAGGGCAAGAGACAGUGAUUUGCUCAAAGACAACUAGCUAGUUUCCUGGUUUACAGCAUAAUCCUAAGGACGACUGCGCAGAAGUAAGAUCUGUUGAAUCCAGUGUGGCUUACUCCCAUGUAAGGGGGGCUGGGAUUGCAGCCUUAUAGUUAUUUCAUUGUUUAUGUAGCAAUAGUGUUUCCUAUAGUUAUACUAGGGCUUGCUCUGUGGGUAUGUGAAAUGUGAAAGUCAGAUGCAUUCCUUGAAGCACUUGGAGACUUCUGCCAGGCAAAUGCAAUGAGUCGGGAAUCCCUGGAUGUGUCCACUUUGUAUUUGUAGGAAAUGGAGACAUCUGUCAAUUUCAGUUUCUCUCAGUUUCUUAUUUUUCUUACAUUAAGUUUGAUUUCAACACAUCUGCAUGCUUUCUUUUUUAAGGCCUCACCAAAAUUCAUCAUCAUUUAAGUGCACAUUUUUGUGUGCAAUUUUGUUGAAUAUGCACAUAUUUCCAUGCAGUUUUCCCUGUAAUAAAGCAUUUUUGUGGGUAGUUUUCACUAACAGGUGCAUUUUUGUGCACUUUUCCCCACUGUACACAUUUGUGUACCCAUUUCUAGACUGAAGAACUACAUCACAAAAUCUUGAGAAUGAAUUUCGAAGAAUAGCUGUGUUUCAGUUUGCAUAUACUUUUCAGAAGUAUGAAUUUCUCCUUUCUCUAAUUUGGAGGCCCAAUUCCUCCUUUAUAUAUUUUCUGUAGCAAAAGCAUCAAGCUGUUUCCCCAACAAACAUGAAUGCCACAGAAAACUGUGAAGCUGCUCCAUUGUUUUAUUUUACUACAUUCCAUCCAUUUCUAUUCCACUUUUCUUCCAUCCUUUCAAGGCAGCUUACACAGAAUGCCCAGGCAGUCUCCCUUGCAGGCAGUGACCCAGCCCAAACCUGCUUAGUAUUAGCAGUUAGUAUCAGUAGCCCAUACUUAGCCCUUGCCCUGGGAGCAUUAUACUACAAGUAAUCAACGUUCCACGCAGCCUUUCUCAGCAUAGUACAUCCAGGCACUUUGAGAAUGGAAUUAACCCAGCCUCCUUCCUCCUUCUAGCAUGUCUAAUUUCAAAUGGGUUUCCCCGUUCUCAUAGAGCUAAAUAAUACACUUGCAAAAAGCUGGUGCAAAAGUGCUCUGGGCUGAAGAAACUUGCUAAGCCUGUAAUGAAACUCCACCUUCUCUUCCCCUUCUAUGGAGCUCCUCUGCUGUUGGCCAGAAGGUUGCCCUCAGCCAAAGAACAACCUCCAAGAACAAAAGAUGGCUGAAGGUUUAAUUAAUAUAUAUAUAUAUAUAUAUAUAUAUAUAUAUAUAUAUAUAUAUGGAAGUUGUGUGGCAACAUCAUCAGCUUCUCUAAUAUACAUAUAUAUAUAUAUAUAUAUAUAUAUAUAUAUAUAUAACACAACAAAGCAGUAAACAUUAUAUUGCUUUACUAAGCUCUUUAUGGACGUCCCAUUAACUUCUUACAUACUGGCAUUAUAAGAUAUGUUUUCCCCCUCAAUGGACAUUUGAAUAACUGUUCAACAUUUAUUUGUGUUUCCACUCACAACUGACAUAAUUGUGCAUCAUGUUGUGUUUCUUGUUCAAAAACCUAAACUUGUAUGAGAAGUAUAAUGCAGGUCUAAAUAAUUGCUGUGUAUUGUAUGCACAAUUAGCUUAAUUGCAGAAAGGCUUGGGCAUCCAAUGAUUAUUCCCAUCCUAUUGAUCCAAUGAUAUUUGUUCCAGUUCAGGAACAAUGAUCUGCAACAGCCAACAGCAAAUACACAAUUUCUGCAUCAGGAGUGUUAAAUUAUAGGACAAGGUCCAAUUAAGUCAUAUUCAGGGUAGAGCCAUUGAAAUCAAUUGAUGUAAAUUACUUUAAUUAUUUCAGUGGGUCUAUUUUGAGCAUGACUAAUGCUGAACAUCACCCACAGUUAUUUGCAGCAUCAUUGGGGCUCUUUCAUAUGUAUGCACCAGGAAGACUUCAUUCCUUUGCUCAUGAUUUGACCUUAGAGGCCACAAAUAGGACAUGUUUCUCUUUUAGAAUUUUAUAUUUAGUUUGGCCACAUAUGAAGUAGUCAUUAGCGGUGCCCCAACCCUAUGUGCAGCAUGGGUUGUAUCCAAUUCUCAUCCUACUCAGAGGAGAGUCAUUGAAACGAAUGAGUAUUACUUAGUUCUAUUAAUUUUAAUUGGUCUAUUCUGAGUUGGACUUUGUUGCUAAUUUGUUGUUGAUUACUAAUAAUUGAAACUCAGUGGGUAGUAGUCAACAACAUUUUACUCAGAGUAGACUCAUUGAAAUUAAUGGACCUAACUUACCAUUUCAUUGGAGUUAAAUGUCAUUGAAUACAAUGGACUUUGAUUAACUGUUGACUUCAUGUGUGCUUCCUCUGAAGCAGUUGUUGCAUGCCCCAUUUCUCAAAAUUUUGGACAUUAGUUUACAUUAUGCUGCCUUAACAGUUAAAUAUUACCAUUUUGACAACUUCCCAUUUUUGUGGAUGAAGAAGGUAAAGAAGGCAUUGGUCAGUAAUUUUACACUGUGCAAAAAAUUCAAACAGAAGCAAAGUGAAAGUUGUGUAAAUGAGCGCAGUUGGUAAGGAUUCAUUGGCAGGCAUUUCUCCACUUCAGACUUCUGUGAGAGAACAAUAUGUGCUAGCAAGCAGAUCUAUUUUUACAAACUAAGGAAUAAAUCCUAUCAACCUUACUCGUAUUGAGCUUUUAGGUCUCUAGGGGCUGUUUGAUAACUGGGGCACAGAUUCGAGGGGGUAUAAUUUAAACUGUUGUGUGGGGCGGGCGGAGGGGGAGCAGAGGGGCUGUCAUAUCAUCAGGAAUCACAUUUCCUAGCCUAAAUACAGUGUUCUGGGGCCAGAAUAUCAUGUCAACAACCUAGUUUGUAAGUGGGGGUUUUAUAUGAUAGAAGUGAUGUGAGAAAUCUCACUUGGAAAUAUACUAUGGCAUUUACCAGUCACCAUUUACUAUGCGAUACAUUAUUUGGGAGGAAUCUUAUCAUGUACUUAACACCAAGUUUGAUGACUUGUCUAAUAUCUCAUCUGAUCGGCUUUACAGCUAAAACAAAAUUUUUACAAAUUCAAAACAUGGAAAAUUUCAGAAUUUAACUUUUUGUUUUUAAAAAAUUUCUUCAUGAGAUAGGAGACAUGUGAACUGGCUCUUAUUGUGGAUGGAGGAUAAUUUCAUUCAUUUUUAAGUGAACCGGCCAAAUUCAUAUCUCCAAGACAAACACAGAGAUUGGAACAUAAUUAUUCCUCAGAUUUUGUACUUAAUUGAAUUUUAUGACAUAAUUUUUGGCUCAAUAAAUGUACCAGAUGUGUAAAGAAAAGAUAUAUUUUAGGACAAUGUGCAUUUAGAAAUGUGUACAUUGAGACAAAAUACAUGCAUUUUGUAAUAAAAUAAAACACAUAUUUAGAUACAUGUUUAAAUACAAUUUAAAUAUGAAAUUUGCAUAUGUAUUCUUUUAAAAACUGGCGAUUAAUGUGUGAUGGAACAGACGUGUGAACAAACACCUGCAAAACCGGCAUGGACCGCUCCAUCACUAGUUCUCACUUGAUGUAGGUUAAUGGGCAGACAUUGUGCCUAGUACAACCAUAUCCAUUGGAGAGGCAGCUUUCUUCUUCUUGAUUACUGUUGAGUCCAUUGUGCUUUACCUACUGGGUGGAGGGAGGGAGAUUUAAUUUCCCGAGAGACUAAACUUCAGUCACUGAAAUAUUCAAUCAAAUCAGGAUUCAUAGUUUUCACACCUAAUUCUUUUGCUCUGCUUCCAGGUUCCAUGUACGAUGGUCUGACUGAUGGUCACAGCUAUGGAACAGCCCGUGGUUCCUACUAUGCCAAAGCUCACACAGGGAGCAACAACUGGGGACAUGGGGUAAGGUUUUCUCUAAGAACCAUGGGAUGCUGAUGGUGGGCAAGGGAAGAAACAGUGGUGGGGCUCUUCUGUCACAAAGCAAAAAUAGCUUUCUUCCUUGGAAAGGCAAUAACUCAUUUGAAACAAGAAUGAUAUGUCACUGUUAUGCUAUAUGAUGUGUUGUUGAAUAUAUUGACUCAGAACCCAAUCAUCUGCUUAGAUUUGGGGUGGGGGCCUUUAUCAUUUUUUUCCCAUUUCCCAUUAAUUCUUCCAUGAUCUCAUUUUUUCCCCUUUUCUUUUUUCUUCUCUUACUUUUUUCCUGUAAGCACUCUGCUGUAUGAAGAAGCCCCUCAUCACAGCUUUGCUAGCGUCCCAAGUCGCAUUUAUAUCUGUAUCUUGAUUUAAAUUUAUUUCAAAAUAGUCCUUCAAAAAAAUUUCUGCCUUUUCCAGGGUCGAUUGGCUGUCCAAUAAGCUUUCAUUUAGUCUCCAUCUGAAGGUUGAGUUUUGCUGUCCUUUUAAUUCCAGAUAUACUGGAUUAUGGUCCGAGAGAGUCCUAGGUUGUAUUUCUGCCCUUCUUGUUCUUAUCACUAUUUCUUCUGAGAUCCAUAUUGAGUCAGUUCUUCCAGCUGAUUAGGCUCUGAGAAAUGUGUAAAUUGUCUUUCAAACGAGUUUUUAUAUCUCCAUACAUCAUUCAAUUUAAAAUUCUCAACCAGAUUGAAAAAACCUAUAAGUAGUCUCCCUUCUUUAGAAUCUGAUUUUCUUAUUGUUCUGUCCAUAUCUAGGGAGACUACCCCAUUCAAGUCACCUAUUAAUAUUAUUUUCUGGUCCAUAAAUUCAAACAUUUUCCCCUCUAAUUCUUUGUAAAAGUCCAAUUUUUUUUAAAAAAAUUGCUUCAUAAAUCCCCACAAUUACUAUUUCCCCCCCUUGUGACGAUACCUGUACCACUAUCACUCGUCCCUUUUUGUCCUUAUAUUUUUUUUCGUUUCAAGUUUUUCUUUUAUAUACAUUAUCAUGCCUCUUUCUUUGCUUUCAUCCAAAGAAACAAAGUCCAAACCUGAUCUUUUAUUUAUUAACACUCUUUUAUGUCUUCUAGCAGCAUGUGUUUUCUGUAAACAAAUUAUAUCCAGAUGAAUAACUCAGCUUCUCUGAGUUAUUCAAGCCCCUUCACCACGGCAAGGCAGUGAUCCAUGAAGGGGAUGUGUUUUCUGUAAACAAAUUAUAUCCAGAUCUUGUUUUUGUAAAAUAUAUUCUAUUUUGUUUCGUUUCUUUUUAUUAUUCAGUCCAUUAACGUUCCAAGUCAAAUACAUUUCUCUGCUUUAUUUAGAGUCCUUAAGAUUAUCUUUAUCCUGUUCUCUUCGUCCUCCCACCGCUCCUUUUUCUUCCUCAUCUGGUUCAGGUCUCUUUGCUUUCAGCUUUUUCUUAUUUCUUUCCCAGAAUGUUUCUGCCUCACUUGGGUGUCUACAUCUUUGUUUCUUUCCAUUAAAUGUAAAUGAGAUGCAUUAUGGGUAUUCCCAUCUAUAACAGAUCUUGUGUGUUUUUAGUGCUUCCAUCAAAAAUUUUUAAUUAUUUUUUUCUCUCAAAAUUCGAGCUGGAAUUUCUUUAAGUAUGAUUAUUCUUUGGUUGCCUAUGUGCAGCUUCUUCUCAAAAUUGGUCUGUAGGAUUCUGUCUUUAAUUAUCCGUGAAUUUAAUGUCACCAGACAAUCAGCUGGUAGUUUUUGAGCUUUAGCAUAACUCAAUUUUACUCUAAAAACUAUAUAUUGACUCAGAUCCCAAUCAUCUGCUUAGAUUUGGGGUGGGGGCAGUCAUGUAAAGCAGGGACUUGGCCUAGGCUACAAGUCCAUUACCAUGGGGGGCAAAUUGAGGCUCAGUUGUUGGUCAUGCUUGAAGACGUUUAUGGAACUAUAUUUUUGCUGUAUUUGUGCAUUUAUGUUAUAUAGUAUGUCAAGAUUUCAUGAAUUUUGCCAGAGCCAGGCAGAAGUAAUGUUUCAACAGAGCAAGCAGCAUUAUGGAGUAAUAAAGGAGGGACUCCAGAACUUGACUAGAAACAAACCACAACUUUAUUUUUAUCUCUAUCAAAGAUUACAACGGCAAUGAAACUAGGAGCAGUGUGGAGGCAAGUGUGCUUAACUUCUAAUCAGGCACCCAAGGAUACUGUACUGAGAUGGCUGUCCUGCCACUCAAAAUCAACCCCUGCCUUUCUGGCUCAAUCCUGAGCCAGUCCCUAUUUGCAAUCCUACAUGCACAAGCAUUCUCCGCCCAGCAGCUUCCCAGUAUUGCUGUGUGCAGUCCACCUCGUGCCUCCCACUGAGAGAUUGUUGCAGAACUCCUGCUCUCUUCUUCCUUGUGUAAGUCACAUUUAAGGAUGGUUUUCACUGCCUUCCCAAGCUGUUUCUCAUACACUCCUCCUCCUGUCACAGGAAAUAGCCAGCUCAGCUUGGUUUCCUUGGCACUCUCACUAACCUCAAAACAAAAACAGUAGCCUUCGUAAACAAACAAGGAAGAUGGAGAGCACACACCCCUCCAAAGAUGAAUCUCAUUGCCCUAAUGGAGAAGAACCACAUCCUUCACUAACCUGGGUUGCCUAAAUAAUCACCAGCUGUGGGGGAACUUCCUAUCCUGGAGAGCAUGAUGAUGGGACAAUAGGACAUCCCACUGCAUACCAUGUUUCUCCCUUAGGCUGCCUUUUCUUCUGAGCAAUUCUUUGAUCAUUCUCAUUAAUGAAACUUUUUAUGUUGGCUUUGUCUCUUUGGGAUAUUGAAGUCUACAACAUAACAUAAGAUCUUCCCUUCCCAGCAAUAACAGCAUGCGCUCAGCAAUAAGUCUCAGGACAGAGUGCAUAUCUGUCCUGCACCUGCAAUGAACAAAAACUUUUGCACUACAUCUCUUGCUUGGUUUGACCAUCAAAUUUGUUAGCCUGAUAAAGGGUAGAAUUUGUGCAAUGUCUUCCCUUCCAGUUUUAUUUUUGUAUGCCUUCUUCCCCUGAUCUAUUCUACAAAAUGAAACACACAUAGCUGACAUUUUCUUCACACACACAGCCACAAAGUGUAUGCAGAUCAUAGUGUAAGCAUGCACACUCUCUUGUCUCCCAAAUUCAAUGUGAAAACUGGCUUCAAUCUGUUUCUCUGCCUCCUAUAAAGCUAACUGAAUGGGCAUCAUUGCUUUCCAAAACUCUGCUGUGUAUUACAUUCCGUAACCUAGGGAGAGAUUCUCAGGAGAACAUCUUCUCUCAUUGCACACACGUGUCACUCGGCUUCUGUAUUUCUUAGUUUCAUUAGAAAUAUUUCUUUAAUUAGUCAUGGAAAUGACUACUGCUGAAGCAUGUUAAAUCUUUUGUAAACGAGGGAAUUUACAGGCUGGGGAGAACGAAGGCUACUCAUUGCAGAGGGCACGCCUAACAAUGUACUGUAUAAAUUCAAAGUUGGUGAUGCUGCAGUCAGACAGAUUCAGGCAAACAUGAGAGAAGAAUCAUGCUGUGCAAGUAAUAAAGGAGGUGGGAGAGAGAAAGAAUAAUGGAAGCUGUUGGGUGUUGGUUAAAUCCACGGCUGUCUGAGUUUCCCAUGACCGGGCCAGGUUACAAAGUUGCUGUUUUUCAUGGCUCUGCAAAUUGGAUCCUGUUAAAACAUUCAAAUAGCCAUCAUCUAAAUGUAUUGUACUAUGAUAACGCUGUCCCUGGUAAUCCUGUUUCACCAGCAUUAUAAGUCUGAGAGAUGGAAAGGGAAAUCUUUGUAAUCUUCUGCCCAUACUGCUUGCAUCGGGGAAUCCUCUGAAACUGGUUGGCUGAGCUGCAAUAGUGACAUGGGACGCCACUGAGAGCUAAACUCUUUGCAGCCCAGCUGAAAAGGAAGGAGAAUCAUCUGUUUAUCUGGGGAUUAAAGCAUCAUACCACCCAGACAGAUAAAUGAGGAUCUGUACUGAGCAUGAAACGUUUUCCCCCAGUCACCCUGCAGCGAGAUUUAUGCAGAACUGGAUAAUUUCAGAGUCAAAUGCAUUCUCAUAACACCAGCCAGUUGAACAAAAAUUGGGUUUUUUUUAAACUUGCCUGUGAUUGAGGCUAGUGUCAGACAAUAUGUCAGACAUAGGUGUGUUUAUUUAUUUGUUUUGUAUAUUAAACAAUUCUGCCAUGUGGAUACCAGGGCAGUAUGCAAUUCAUUGCACUAUAAGAUGACCCCAAAAAUUAUGUGUGAGUGUGAGAAGAAACGUUGUCUGAAUUCAUUUUCACAUCCUGCUCAAAUUAUGACAAAGCUGUCUUUGGAUCAAUUGAUUAACGAGAGCAUACAAAAUAACAAAUUUUAUGCAUGCACGAAUGAAUAAAUAAAUAAAUACAUAGACACUUGGACAUCUGUGCCUUCUGAAAGAGAUGGGAAAGUGUCAAAGAAAAAUAUGAAACAGUGAAGGGAAGAAAUAUUUCAAAUCCAGAGGAAAUUUUAUUUUAUUUUAUUUUAUUUUUACUGGUUAUCCAAGUUUUUCUCUUCCAGUUGUGUGUAACAGACUGGAAUGAGUGCAUUUCGCAAGCAGGAUCUAGGGUGUGCACAAUACAUCAUUCAGAGUGGCACUCCAUCAUAUUUCAUUGCCUUGGCUUUCCCCUCUGGCCUGAGAGACACCUCCUCCCAUUGUUUGUGCAAUUUUAUUUUUUUACCUCCACACCAUCUGCUGCUCUAGAAGUAACUAAACCACCUGUAGGUUUUUUUUGUUCGGUUCCUAUCUUUCUACGAAUCGCUUUGCCAGCUAUAAAAAUUGGAACCACCUAAUAAGUAGGCUUAGGGACGCGGGUGGUGCUGUGGGUAAAACCUCAGUGCCUAGGACUUGCCGAUCAUCAGGUCAGCAGUUCGAAUCCCCGCAGCAAGGUGCGCUCCCGUUGCUCGGUCCUAGCGCCUGCCAACCUAGCAGUUCGAAAGCACCCCCAGGUCCAAGUAGAUAAAUAGGGACCGCUUACUAGCAGGAAGGUAAACGGCAUUUCUGUGCGCUGCUCUGGUUCGCCAGAUGCAGCUUGAGACGCUGGCCACGUGACCCGGAAGUGUCUGCGGACAGCGCUGGCCCCCAGCCUCUUAAGUGAGAUGGGCGCACAACCCUAGAGUCAGACACGACUGGCCCGUACGGGCAGGGGUACCUUUACCUUUACUAAUAAGUAGGCUCAUGAGUGGGUUCAAUUCCUGUCUCUCCCAUUGACCUAUUCAGUUUCCAAUUGUCUCUGUGUGUCUGUGUGCGGGUUGUGGUUCACUUUCCCCAGUUAGACAGGGUGGAGAAUGAUAGGGAUCCACUUCUGAAAAGUUCUUGGUGACCACAGCAUCGCACAAUAAAAAUUAUAAACGUGUUAUCAUGUCACUUAAGUGCUUUGUGAAUCAUUUUGGUGAUAUGAACAUUUACAAUAAUUGCUACUUACUUAACUUAUGGGGGUGUUAAUAUAUUUAAUUAACCAUGUUUUAAAAGGAAGAUAGACUGCAUUUGACUUGGCAACUGGCAAAUUGUGCAGGCCUGGAUUACUGAGAUAAUCCAACACUAAAGUACUGUACAAAUUAUUAUUACUAAGCGGAUGAUGAUUAAUAAGGAAUUAAUAUAUUUUCCAUCUACGUCACCUAGAUUGCUAUGGGAUUCUAAGAUACACUGAUGUUAUGCUGACAUUAACAAGCUGCUGAUAUACAUUAGCAGAAUCAUUGGAUUGCUUGGCCCCAGUCAUAGUUUAGAGCAAAAUUUUAAAAUCCCCAUAAACUUCUGCCAUCAGAGAGGAGUGCCAUUGGUAGGCAGAAGCUAGUAUCAAUGGUAGCCAGUAAAAGGUAAAGGUAAAGGACCCCUGACAGUUAAGUCCAGUCAUGGACGACUUUGGGGUUGCGGUGCUCAUCUCACUUUACAGUGAGGGAGCCAGCGUUUGUCCGCAGACAGUUUUUCCGGGUCAUGACUAAGCCGCUUCUGGCAAAACCAGAGCAGCACACAGAAACGCCAUUUACCUUCCCACCAGAGCAGUACCUAUUGAUCUACUUGCACUUUGACAGGCUUUCCAACUGCUAGGUUGGCAGGAGCUGGGACCAAGCAACUGGAGCUCACCAGUUCGCAGGGAUUCGAACCACCGACCUUCUGAUCAGCAAGCCCAAGAGGCUCAGUGGUUUAGACCACAGCACCGCCCACGCUAAAACUGAAUCUAUGGAUCUACUGGGUUCAAAGCAUGAUGGAUCCCCCAAGGAACCUGAUUCUAAUGCUUUUCAGCUGCUCUAGACUGAAACAAAACAAAUGUGAAAAACUUGCCCCUGCCAGCUGCCCUUGUUAGCCACGUGUUAGUGGAUCUGACAUUGACUGCUUCCAUAGCAGUACUCAAUAAUUCAAGCGGUGAGAGAUAUUUGCUUAAAGCAGCCGCCUUCUGUUGGAAAUGGACAGUGGUGCUGGGGUCCGUUGGGACUGGUAGGGCAGGCAGGUCAACAGUGGGUGUAGCCAGAGUCAUUGACAGGCAGAGCCAACUAAUUCUGUCUUUGUCUGCAUCCUCGUCCCUGCUAAGUUCUGCAAGGGACAACAAUGGGACUCAGGAGAAAGAAGGUUAUAGCCAUUGCCAUUACCUAGAGUUGUUGUAGUAGAAACAGGCAGCUGGAGGGCUGGCUGAAGGCAAGCUUAGGUUAGUGAGGCAAUGCCCCUUCACCUAACAGGCCAACCUCAAUUGCAAAUGGACUUGGCAGAAGAAUGCAGAGAGUCUCUUCACCGAAUCACUAGUUCCUUGUUUUUGGUGAUCUUGCCAUGCACACAAAGUUGGGAGCCAGAACCUGAGCCUAUUCAAAAGGUUUGUUGAAAAGAGUGGAUUGGCAUUUAACCAGUCUGGAAGGUAUACAGUAUAUGCCCAAACAUAUUUGUUUCAUGUCAAGCUGCAAGGGUUCAACAUGUUCAAGCAUUCAAGCUGCCUUUGCAUAAAGGGUUUUGUUUUGUGUGGAGGUGGGUUGGGAUGGUGUCAGAUGUGUUGAUUUAGUGCUUUUGAUACCCCACCAUUUAUUUAUGGGAUCAAAUACAAUUUAUGACCCACUUUUCAAGGAAAUUCCCUCACCAGGUGCUUUACAAUAUGGACAUAAAAUAAAAUAUAAUUUGUACCAUUUGAAGUUAUCUAUUUCAUAACAUCAGUAAGAGCCAUCACAAAAGCAACAAAUAACCCAACAAAUACCUAGACAAACAGGAACCAUUUCCACAGCUUGAUGUGCAGUAGCCAGUAAAGGCUAUGGGAAAAAGAUGGCUCUUCAAUACUGGUUUAAGAAAAUCAAAUGAUGGUAGGGCUACUAUGCUGAUCCUCAGGGCCAGCCCACCCAGGAGGAAAGUUGAGGUAACUGCCUCAGGUGGCAAGAUUUAUAGAGGCGGCAGAUCCCACUAUCAACCUUACUCUUUGUUCCUGCUGUAUAUCUCCUCUCACACUUUCUUCCCUGGCAGGAUAAGGAACACCAUUUUGGGGUCCACCUUGGAUGCCAAAAUGUCUUGGUUCAGCUGUGCUAAUCCUACUGCUGAUUCCUCAUCCCAGAACCAAACACAGACUGGGAAACUACCAGGACCAGUCUUGGUGGUACGGGCUAAAUGAGAGAUACCCAAAGGCUGUUAUACUAAAUUCCACAUGGCAUUGUGGUCCCCUUCUCCAUCAUUCUACUUCUUGCACUUCGAGUUGAGUGCUAGCUUGAUCAGCUAUUUGCUGCUCCAGUGUUGACAUUUGCUGCAUUCAAACUAUGUGGGCUAUGUUCAAGGCUGUCUGAUCUAGCUUGAAUGGCUGGAGACUUACCUUGGCUACACUCUUUUUUUUUUUUUUUAGUAAGUCAUACGCCUUUAUAGCAGCAAAAGAGAGAAUAAUAGAGAGAUAGCGACUUGGCACAGAUGUUGAGUCCCUGGGGCAUUUGCAGCUAACAAAAGCUAGCUAUUAUGUUUCCAUUAAAGACUUAACAUAUUAUUUAUGUAAGGCUUCUGUUUUCUUUUACAUUUAUUCACAUCAAGUGUCUAGAAGGAGAACAAACGAAAAAGACGUUUGUGCACAAGUGUGUUUGUACACUGUUCAUUUUGAUGUGUUUAUGAGAAGGAAUUAUCAAGGGGGGUAUCCUGAAUUUUGGAAUGGCAGGCUCCUUUUCUGUGCUAUUGAGUUGUUAGCAUGUUCUUCUUCCCAGUGAAGCUUGGGAGCUGUGGAUGCCAAGUUAUUAGCUCUGGGAAGACACCUUUCUGCUAAACAAGUUCUUAGAAACAAGUCAAUGCAGGCACAGCUUGGGUGGAGUGAGAUGCACAAGAUUUAUCCUGCAGAGAUGUGGAAAAACAGCUUCUAUGGUGUUAAAAUAAGCUCAUUAUCAAAACCAAUGUUUGAAUUUUGCUAUAAGCUGAACCCUGAUAUCACAGGCUCCAAGGUUCUGCAUCUCAUUCUUUCCCAGGAUUCUAGCUGGUGGUUUGUUUUUUAAUAGACAGCAUUGCAGUUUGCUCUUUUAUACUGAAAGCAUAGAUCUACUUUUGCUCUUCAGCUUUCUUUUCUUUUUUCCUGCCUUGUCAGAUAGCAGAUGGUCUCUCAGUAAGAUGGACAGGAGAGGGCCAUAGCUUCUCACGUUUAACAGGAAAGGAAAAUGUUCUGUCUCCAACAAGGACACAUUCCUCUCAGGGAAAACUUUGUGUCAGUGAAACACUUCCCUGAGUUUGGAAGACUAAGGCAUAAAUUUGGGUGCAUUUUAACUGGAAUAGUACUCUACACAAGGAAGAAGGUCUCAGAGAACCCACUGAAUCCCAGUGAUGCAGUAGAGCAGGCUUCCUCAACCUUGACCCGCCAGAUGUUUUGAGACUACAAUUCCCAUCAUUCCUGACCACUGGUCCUGCUAGCUGGGGAUCAUGGGAUUUGUAGGCCCAAAACAUCUGGAGGGCCAAGGCUGAGGAAGCCUGCAGUAGAGCAAAACUGGUGUGCAUGCUUAAAAAACAAACUCAGAAGUUAUGACAUUAACACUUUGGUUGAAUGCAUCAUGUUAGGGACAUAAUUAGCAGCUGUCUCACAGACACUUACGACUCAGCUAGAUUGGCAAAGAAAAAACGUUGUAUAUGCGAUAUAAAACUGUGACACCAGAUGGCACUGUGGAGUCCUGUCUUUCCCUACUGGAUUUCCCUGUAUGAGUUUACAAUGCAUUUAACUGAAACACUUCUUUGAUGUGUCUAGAUCUAGCCUUAAUAUGUGUGCUAACUGAAAGCAAAACUCCUAGUGAAUACAGUGGGGUUUAUUUAUCCUGAGUAAACACUAUGGGAUGCUGCUGCACAUUCUGGUUUCACUAUUUAUUUAUUGCAUUUCUAAAACCUACCCUUUAGGCAGAAUGCCUCUUGGAGCAGCUUACAAAUAUCUUAGUAGGUCCCUGCCCUCAGGCUCACCAUCUAAAAGGACAUGAUACAUGAAGAAAAGGGGGGUGGGAGAAAGGAGGGAAAAGCAAGCUCAAGCACAAAUUACUGAAGUUGUUAUUGUUACAUGGAUACAUGGAUGUACCAUAUUUUUCGCUCUAUAAGCCGCACCAGACCACGACGCACCUAGUUUUUGGAGGAGGAAAACAAGAAAAAAAAUAUUCUGAAUCUCAGAAGCCAGAACAACAAGAGGGAUCACUGCGCAGUGAAAGCAGCAAUCCCUCUUGCUGUUCUGGCUUCUGUGACAGCUGCACAGCCUACAUUUGCUCCAUAAGACGUACACACAUUUCCACUUACUUUUUAGGAGGGAAAAAGUGAGUCUUAUAGAGCAAAAAAUACAGUAUAUUCUGCUUGAAAUGUGUGGUAAAAGAGUAACCUUCAAAUGAGCACACAAAUAGCCUUGAAGUGAAUGAAUCCAUACUAAGGUGUUUCACAGUCUGUCUCCUUCUCUUAAGAGAGUUACUUUGCCAGAGAGGGUUAGAGAUACUCUAAUCUUGAAGAUGGUUCAACAUGUUUACACUGUAGGCCAGGACAUACUUGAGAUUCUUCACAAAUCCAAAUUUCUGAACAUAUGUUCAUUAAGUAGAUGCAAAAAGCCUCAGUGAGGUGGGGGGAAAAUGAGAAUUUAUUAGGAAGUUCUUAAAUUGCUGCACUGAACUUCAGUGAAUUGUUGAGACAGCUCUGGCCUGUGGUUGCAAUUCUCUAUUUUAUUUGCACUUUUUGUCGUUUCCCCUCUACUUUGUUGUUGAGAGCGGAGGGGUAAAAAUACACUCGGUUCAUAUUAAUGUGUAACGCUGUGAUGAGAAAAAUCCCGAGGGGUGCUGAGUAGAGUGAAAUUCACCAGCAAUGUGAAAUGACUUGCUUUAGGCAGAGCCAUUAUGAGACUAGAUGAAGGCAGGAAUUGGUUUUGUCCAGAGCAAACUAAACUGUCCUUCUACCAGAUGUGUGUUUGUGUGUUGGAUUAGGAGGUGCUCCAUCCAAUUCUGGCAGCCUCCCACUGGCCACCAGUCUCAUGGAAGGCUUUGCAGUAUCCUUAAAGGGGUGUUUCACAUGUGGGGAUGACCCAGGCCAGGAUCUGUGGCACAGCUGUUUGGGGAUCCAGGCCCCAUUGCUGCACCAGCCUGAUUCAGGCCUGAUCAUCCUGCUCCCUGCCCCUUUCGCUAUAGCUUCCAUGAGUAAGAGGACGGUAGAUCUGGCUAUGGCUCCAUAAAGCAGCACUGGUGGGGUGUGGCAGAAAAAGAGUGCCUCCUAUAUGGUGCAGAAAGCCUUAAAAAAAUCUUGGCCCAAAUAUUGGUGAUGGGUGUGCCAUGUGGACUUUGCUUCAGGUAGCAAAAUGUCUUGGGCUGUCACUGCUUCUACUGAACAUGGCUCAUUCAUUCUUCCUCUCAAAGGUAAUGAUUGGAAUGCUACUUUCGAUUAGGGUGGUUACUUAUGCAUCCCCCAGAUAGAGGAAAUACAUAAAAUUUGCAUAGGAUAUUUUUUGUAUAGAGAUGCAUUUUUUAAAUAAAAAAUAUAUAUUCUAAUUUGAAUAGAAACACAUAGAGGGGAAUACUGAUCAGUGUGCUGACAAGUAGUAACUAUUGAUGGGCAGUGUCAAGGCCCCUGCUUUGCCUUCUUAGGGUACUUCAUCUUUAAGCUGGGCUUGGACUGGACAGCCCUUCGAAUGAAAGGUUGUCCAGUAUAAGAGCACAUGGCCACCCUACUUUCAUUGGACAUGGUGCUCAGUACCUCUCAGGGAUCUAAGUGGUCUUUGUAAAGCAAGUGAAAUUCUAACUUUGACCCUUGUAUUUCCUAUUCUUCCCCUUCUCCCUCUCCCCAAUCUCCCCCAGCUGUACAAUGGAACCCUCAAAAGAGAAGCUGAGAACAAACGCUACAGCUCCUACAGCCAAAUGGACGGCUGGGGCAGCCGGAACUACAACAAGGUCUGUAGCCCAACUGUUCCUGGCAGUGAUUACUGCCUUGUGCAGACUAUGAAGAGUAGCCGGAGUGAGCCAGACCUCUACUAUGACCCUCCAAGAGGCACGCUGAGGAGAAACCAGAGUGGAAGCCGUGUGAGUCACAAGACCAGUAUGCAUCGUCAUAGCCUCUACAACAGCACAAGCAACAACCAGCAUGGAAUUACAACUGCAACAAGGCCAAACAAAGUAGUUCCAGUCCGCAGCCCCUCUUGCACCUCUGCCAGCAUGGUCUAUGUACAACCUGUUGCUAGCAGCAAGCAGGAUGCAGUCUAUGGACAGGUUAACUCAAAGUAAGUUCUCAUGUGUGUCCUUUCUGCUUGUGAUUUCUUCUUCAUGGUAUGCAGGGCAAUUUACUUGGUUUUCAUCACCAUGCAGAAAGAAAAGGUUUGCCAAUUCUGAAUCCCAUCAGAACCUUAUUCUGGUGUUUUGCCUCCUGAUUUUUUGAUGUGGCUUGUAUGAAUCAAGACUUGAGCCAUUUAGUUUGCAAUCCUAAACAAGCUGGACUAGACACAAUGGAGCUUCUAAGUAACCAUUCAUAGGAUUGCACUGUUUGGAUCUCAGUUGGAAAGGAAGAAUUCUAUGUUAAAGAAUCUAACUUGACACCACAUUUAACAGAUCAUUCAUCUGUGACACUAAUAAUGGCAGUCAGAUAUUCAGCACCAAUAACAUAUGCCUCUUCUCUAUCUGUUCUUCCCAAGUAAAGAGUUAUGAACUAAAGGUUUAAGUGAGGUUCAAGUACAGUAAUUAGUUUAGCCUACUAGUGGUAGCUUUAAAAUGUCUUAAGCUUUGGAGUAAAGAAAAUUCCAGUGAAAACUGAUGUAUUGACCCUUCAGUUAGAUUUAUUCUGUGAACAGCCCUGAGACUUGCAGGUAUAGGGCAGUUGUUUAUUAUUAUUAUUAUUAUUAUUAACAACAACAACAACAACAACAAUUUUGAGGUAUGUGACAUGGAAACCAGAAAAAUUGUUUGGAACUCUAUGGAACUUUAGCUUAAAAGUCUUGUUACACCUUUAAAGAACAUAAAAUGGCACAAGCUUUUAUGAACCAGAGUCUACUUCUUCAGAGGCCUGAAGUGUUAUCCUAAGCAGACAAGUAUGGGCUGCUGCAUACCUGCUAACUCAGGAUAACACUUCAGACCUAUGGCAAAGUGGAUAUUAGUCCACAAAAGUCUAUGUCAUAAUAAAUGUGUUAGUCUCUAUAGCACCACUCAUGACUCUUUUGGGUGUGUGAGGAGGAGAUUCUGCCACUCUGGAGUGUCAAAUUAGUUGCCCUGCCCAAACUUCUCCCUAAGAAAAGGCUAGUUACCAUUGAAAAUAUUAUUACAGAUCUGGUUUAUUAUAGAGCUUUUAAAAAAUGAGAGAGCCAUUUCAGCUCAUGAAGAUUCAUCAGCAGCAUAACUGUUGAGUGAGAAACACUGUCCUCUGCCAAAUGUCUCUCAGGAGUGCUCUCUUUGUAGCACCUUUCCUGAUAGGGUGUGGUUCACCUUGUAGAACUGGUUCAGAUUUGGGAGUUGUCUGUCUUGAAGCACUGGGCCUGGUUGCUGAAUCUUCUUGCCAGUUGAACUUGUUCUUGUUGGGGAGUUGUCUCCUUUCUAGAAUUGAGACUAUCUGCAUGGUUCUGAAGCACUGUAGAACUUGAAAAUUCAGUCCAGUAUCUAAUUUGGAGAGGAUCGGAUGCCACUGGUAAUGCCAAUUCUUUUUCCAAGGGAAACAGCUUCUAUAACCUAUAGGCAUCUGGAAACAGAAUCUUCAAAGAAACAAUCUUCAAAUUGAAAACUGUUUUUAAAUAAUCUGGUGGGCAGGACAAGUGGGGGAGAUGGGCCAGCUGCUCUUGGUUCUGCAGAGACCUCUCUCAUUCCAUUAUAAAUAAUUGUUGUGGUGUCUUUGGUGACAUCCCCAAAGCUCCAUGCCCAUUGUAACUGAACUGGUCAAACUCCCCUAAAUCUGCCUCUACUUCUAAUCUCAGAGUGGGUAAUUCACAGGUCUACAUGGUCUUGAAAAACCUCUGACCCCAUCCUUCUUUCUUGAGAUCCCACAGGAGGAUCCCUCCAAGAUUGUGCAAGAACCCUGGUGUGGGGGUGAAAUUCCACCUGUUUCACUGCUCUCCAGGCCAUGCACUGCUGGGCAAAGUCACUUCACAUGGAGUGUGUCCGGUACAAAGCUUGUCGGUCCCUGGUCAUCCUGCAACCGCAUUCCCCCCCUCCCUGUUUAUGACCACAGAAGGAGGAGAGGUGCAGAGAUGGAUAGCUAUGAAAGAACAUGUCUAAACUGAGAGGCUACCCUAUUUGUUAUAUUUACUAAACAUUUUUGUAAUUGCUGUAUUCACAAUAGAGGAAGCAAAGUGGUUCUAGGAUAUGAAUGUGUAGUGGCUUGUAGAAGAAAAUUCUUUCGGAAAGUAACUUCUUACUUGGUGGGAAAGCCCUUAGCUUUUGCUUUCAAAUAAAAUAUGUUAAUUUGCCUAAACUACAGAAAUGGUAAGGGAUUGUGCUUUUUUAUGAAACAGUGCCCCAGGGGCUUGGUGCAAUGAUCACUAGGGUUUUUGGUUUGGUUUUGUUUUUGCAAAAUGUUCCGGUGCAUGUUCAUAGUUAUUCCUGGUGUCCUGAAAACCUACUAAGUGGCACAUUGCAUAAUAGAGCACCGUGUACCUACAAAUUUGGGACAGGCUGAGGACUGAGAAUGGUUAUCAGUUGAGACUUGAGAAUUGAUUUAUCUCUGGGUGUAAAUAUUCCAGGAUGGAUUGCUUCACCUAAGUAUGCCAAACAUUUGCUCUGAUAUUCCAGCUCCAUCAGUUAAACAACAUGCUUAUAGAAUUAUUUCUACUUUGGAUAUUUUAUCAGGAUCAAGCAGAAAGACACUUUGCUUUUUCUCUCAUUAGCUAUUUUAAGACUUGCCUAAGACUGAAUAGAUGGUUGUGGGCCCCAGGCACAGUGAAGCUGUGGGUGGUCAGCCCCAAGCCUUGUAGAAUUGCAAUAAAUGCAGGAAAACCACUUGAGAUUUAUACAGGACACAACUUUAUUGAUUACAGAUGUCAACAGGUUUUGGGUGCAGGCACUGGGUGUGUAACCUGGUUCAACCAGCCCAGUUGCUGGUUGAUUAUUUUGGCAGGGUUAACCAAGGUUACGAACCACCCUAUGACACACACCAAAUCAGGGUGACCCCACCUGUGAUCACCUGACCUGUCAGCAUCCAUCUGGGAGCCUGGACAGAAGCACCUCCACCCUGAAUCCCUUUGAUGGGAUACCAAUGCUUCUAGUCCAACACAGAUUAUUAAAAAAGGAAUCACAACUGGUAAUUUGAGAUUCACCUGAAGAAAAAAAAGAUUCGCCCGUGAUCUUCCAUAUGCACUUGUAGUGCAGAACUUGGCAGCUGCUUUUGCAUGUGGCAGAUGUAAAUAAGUUUCGUAUGAGUACACCGUGCUAUCUGUGGCGCCAUGCUGCAGCUCCUAGUCAAAACUCCAAGACAAAAUAACUUAAGCAAGUAGCUAUGUACAUUCACAUUUCCAAGGUCUACAGGCAUACAACCAUGGCUUUUUUUCUUGGGGUACUCAAGGGUAUGCAGUACGGGCAUAUUCUCCACCCCCCCACACACAAGUGUUAAAAGUGUGACACUUAUUGUAACAACUUCAUGGUGAGUACCAGCACCUUUUUUCCUAUAAGCACUGCUUAUAAAUGAUUGUGUUGGUACAGAAUUAUCCUAUGCUACCCAACUCUUGGGUGGUAGCAAGUACUUUGGGACCAUAACACUUGAUUGGGAGCCGCCCAGAGUGGCUGGGGAAAUUCAGCUAGAUGGGUGGGGUAUAAAUAAUAAUAAUAAUAAUAAUAAUAAUAAUAAUAAUUUAGAAUGAGGUAAAAUUGCAUUGCUACCGUGCAAGCCAGAUGUCUUAGAAGAUUGUUCACUUGGUCCUUUCCCUGACUUAGUUUGCUAUCCAGUUGGAUAACUUCUAUACUGGGGUCUAGUUAGGUGGGUAGGUAGAAGAGAAUGACAGGACAAUUUUAUGCUAAAAUAGGAACUGAAGAGGAAAUGAGGCUGGAUUAUUGCUAAAAGGGAUGAGGAUGGGAUAAAGGUUUUGACCCUUUAAUUUAGGUGAAUCAUUUACAUCAGGCAUAGGCAAACUCCGGCCCUCCAGGUGUUUGGGAGUAUGAUUCCCAUCAUGCCUAGCUAACAAGCCCAGUGGUCAGGGAUGAUGGGAAUUGUAGUCCCAAACAUCUGGAGGGCUGGAGUUUGUCUAUGCCUGAUUUUACAUUAUGGGAAGUGGUGUCCAUUCAAUAUGGUAUAGAAGAGAUGGUGGGAUGGUUUUAUUGAGCAAGGAGGUAGCUAGAAUCUUAACUUUAGUGUAAUCUUGUUAUUUUAAUCGUAAUGUUGUAUAUUUACAACUUUUUGGUUGAUAUAUAGUGUUUACAUAGCUCAAAUGGUUGGAUUUAUGCACUGUUCAGAGUUCCUGUACUUCCCUGUUGAUACUUGUCACCUAGAUAAGAAGAGGAUGUAACUUCUUCCACUAUUUUGCUAUUAAACUGCUAGGAAUCUGCCUCACAGUGAAUGACAUUUCCUUCCCCUUUUUAUGUUUAGAAUAGUCAGUGAUGAGAUGGAUUAUGGAGCAAUGACUAUUCAGAAAGCCAUCCAGUUCCUGUGUUCUUCAGAUGAGAAGUACCAUGCCAUGGGGGCUUAUUACCUGCAGCACACCUGUUUUCAAGAUGAAUCUGCCAAGCAAGAGGUAAAGUUAUUCCUCACUACUUCAGCUGUGUGUGGCUUUGUAGGAGAUGCUUUAAUGUGUGGAAUUAUGUCAGGACUCAUGUUUCCUGUAGCUCCACCAGAAAGAAGAGGAAGUCAGAUUGGGAAGAGGUAUCUUGUCCAUUCAACACUAAGAGGUAAUACUAGGGGUAUAAAAGGGGCUUCACCAUUAGUGCAUUGGGUGCACUUUUUGGGUAGUUAUUAGGCACACACAAAGCUCUACUUCUCUGCAAAUAGUUUAUGUUUAAACUUCCAAACACACAACUGUUCAGAGCAUCAGCAAAUGACUUCAAAAUUCUUGGCAUAGGUUCAGAUGUGGUUAUUUGAAUUGAUGCAGAUGCAUAUGAGUGAUUAUGGUUUUUUGGGUUAUUUCCCGGUAAUGAUAAUUGAAAUAUAGUUGUUUUAAAUUUAUGUUUUCAAGAAGUGUGUCAGAAUUGCAAAUUCAACUGAGAAAACUUUCAUUCUGAGUAUUUGAAUUCUAAAACAGCACCAACGUUAGCAUGCAUCAGUCAAAUCCCACAAAUGUAUCAAAAUUCAGCUUCGAAACAGUUAGGAUAUCCACUUUUGUUCCUUCAGAACAAAUUGGUUAUCCAAUUCUGAAAUUCUCACUCAUCACACUUGGAAUACUGUGUCCAAUUCUGGGCAUCACAAUUUAAGAAGGAUGUUGACAAGCUGGAACGUGUGCAGAGGAGGGUGACCAAGUUGAUCAAGGGUCUGGAAACUAAGCCUUAUGGGGAGUGUUUGAAGGAGCUGGGUAUGUUUAGCCUGGAAAAGAGGAGGCUGAGAGGAGAUAUGACAGCUAACUUCAAAUAUCUUAAGGGUUGUCACGUGGAGGAGGGAGUAUGCUUGUUGUCCCCUGCUCUGGAGGGUGGGACUCAAACCAAUGGCUUCAUGUUUCAAGAAAGGAGAUUCUGGCUAGACAUUCGGAAAAACUUUCUGAAAGUAAGAGCUGUUCAGCAAUGAACAGACUCUCACAAGAGGUGGUGGACUCUCCUUCCUUGGAGGUUUUUAAACAGAGGUUGAAUGGCCAUCUGUCAUGGAUGCUUUAGUUGAGAUUUCUGCAUUGCAAGGGCUUGGACUAGAUGACCCUUGGGGUCCCUUCCAACUCUAAGGUUCUAUGUGUUAUGUACUGAAGUUCUCACCCUGGGCCAGCAGGGGGAUACUGUAGAUAGUUUUCACUCAGGUCCACACAUGCAAAUAAGGGAUUGAAAGUGACGUUCAGUGAUUGGAUAGUUACAGAAAGUGGUUACAGUUGUGUUGUAGUGGAGCUUUAUAUAAGCAGGCUGGCUGAACCCUUCAGUUCAGUUCUGUUCUGACCUGUGAAUAAACAAGAGCUGUUUGAAGAAUCGCUUUGUUGUCUGAUAUGUUCACCCACAACUUAACACUAUGAUUCUAUGAAAGUAAGCUGUCAAACAAAUAUUUGACUUGCAGGACCAGGCAUUGGGCUCCCCCAUCCCAACCCAUGCAAAUAAGAGACCAAUGAGGCUGGUUUUGGGGUCAAAACACACCACAACUUUAUUGAAUACAGUGGUACCUCGGGUUACAGAUACUUCAGGUUACAGACUCCGCUAACCCAGAGAUAGUACCUCGGGUUAAGAACUUUGCUUCAGGAUGAGAACAGAAAUUGCGCGGUGGUGCAGAGGCAGUGGGAGGCCCCAUUAGCUAAAGUGGUACCUCAGGUUAAGAACAGUUUCAGGUUAAGUAUGGACCUCCAGAAUGAAUUAAGUUCUUAAGUUUGGCUUGGGCAUGGGGCAAUCAAAAUACUUCCAGCCCAACUACUGGAAGUGAUGCGUGGCCAAUCCAGACGGGGGGUUCCUAAGAUUUACAUUAAAUAGGAUGACCCCUGCAGGUACCGCCAUCUGGGAGAGUGCCUUCGGGCCUGGCCCCCACCUGGGCAUGCAGACAUGGCCACUCCCCCUGGAUCCCUUUAACGGGAUACCCCAGCGUUUGGAAGGGCAGAUGGAGACUACAACCUCCACUCCAUCCAAAACAAAGGAUUGGCCCAUGCCCAACCAGUUGUGAUGAUUGCUAUGAGGUAGGCAAAACCACUGGGUCAGUACCAAUUAGCCUGGUGGGCAAAUUCCUACCCGGCUCCCUUAAAGAACAGCAACCACCAUAACCAUAGCAAAGUCAUUGACUAUAAGCUUUAAUAAUAAUAAUAAUAAUAAUAAUAAUAAUAAUAAUAAUAAUUUAUUAUUUAUACCCCGCCCAUCUGGCUGAGUUUCCCCAGCCACUCUGGGCUGCUCCCAAUCAAGUGUUAAAAACAGUACAGUGUUACAUAUUAAAAACUUCCCUGAACAGGGCUGCCAAGGGUGGGUGGGCAGGGGGGAAAAGCUGGCGAAGGAACAAACAGGUAUUGCCCCAGGUGUGAGUUGCUUAAAUGGGCAAGGGGUGGAUCCAAGGGAAGCCUACCUGCUCCAUUGGCUCUGCCCUCUGGCACAGCCCAAGUCCCCAGCCUGUAUCCCUGUUAGCCAAAGCUGGGUGGAGGCCAGGAUCCAGCUAACAUUAUUGUUCAUAUUAUCAUGCCAUUAACAAAAAUGAUACUUUACUGAAUAACAUAACCAUGCUGUCUUCAUGGGUAUAUCCUUUCCCAAAAUUUACUCAGAACAAACUUCAAUGAGGGCAAAUAAAUCUUGCACACUUUUGGAAAAAGUACCUGUUUGGGACAUAUAAUUUGCUCUAAUAUCAAACAAUAAUGCCUAUCCACUAGGCAAUGGAAGGAGCGAGAUAAAAAGUAUUUUGAGGAAUAAAUAUGACCAGUAGGAAAGCACUUAUUCUGAAUUAUUUUUUAUUUAUAAAAAGUAUUUCUAUAGUGCCACGUCAUAAAAUAUCAAGGCAGUGAUCCUGAUUAAUUGCCUGUCCAACAACUUAAACAAUUUGCAAUAAACAGUUCGUUUAUAUUUACUUUCUACAUCAUGACUAGUCUGGCUUUCCUAGAGCAGCACCCAUUUCCUCUUUAACACAUAAGCUUUCCAGUCUCACUUCCACCUUUUCAAAUAAUAUUGUACAAGGGUCAUUGAACCAAGUGAGGUCUAGACCAGAGCUUUCAGCAGUCAACAAACAAGAGCACACCCUUUUCCCUACGGUACAUGGCAUGUUGGAACCUAGACUGCUAUCACCUGAACUGCUGAAUUGCAGAAACUGCCCUGACUCAUCAGCAAAGCGUUCCUUCCUUCACGUAUAGUGAGUGACCUCUGCACCAAAGUGGCUUCUGAACCAAUCAAAAGCAUUCAUUCAUUAUUUUAAAGGAAGAAGAGAUUUUGGGCCUCAAGGAGCACUCUAUAAACUCUUAAUGCUAUCAUGUGCAAUAGGAAGCAGCAGUUUAUGCAUGCAAUAAAACUUACUAUAUGGGGCACAUAUACAUAUAUAGGGGGAGGGUGUUAUUGUAUGGUUUUUCUUUUUAUUAUGUACUUUAUCAUGUGAUUAUUAUGUUUAUAUUAUUAUGUAUUUUUAUUUUGUAUUUUUAUGCUGUGAACUUCCCUGAGUUCUACAGAUGAAGGGAAGCAUACAGAUUUAAUAAAUAAAUUAAAUGAAUGAAUAUUCACAGUAAAGCCAGUAGUAAUUCAACACUGUUAAAACUGCCACUGCAGUGAGUAUACUUCAUAUGUUAACCUUCAGCACCGAUGCUUUCUAUCUGCAGAAAAAACAAGAGAGGUUUCUAAACAGUUUUGAUCAACAAACAUUUAAAUCCCUUCUUUGUUAGGUCUAUCGGCUUGGUGGCAUUUCCAAGCUUAUUGAGCUUCUCCGCAGCCCAGAUGAGAACGUGCAACAGGCUGCAGCUGGGGCCCUCCGAAACUUAGUUUUCAGAAAUCCAACCAACAAGCUAGAAACCCGCCGUCAGAAUGGAAUUCGAGAAUGUGUCAGCCUCCUGAGAAGGACUGGGAGCACAGAGAUACAGAAGCAGCUGACAGGUACCUCCACCCUUUCAUAACAAUGUUGGAGCAACUGGAACAGUAAAUCACUAAUACGAAUUAGUGCAUAAAUAUUGGGUUGUGUCCAACAAAAGUGUCCCAUUAGAGCAAAGAUUUAUACCUUCACAAUGGAACUUCCUCCAUCUCUUCACUCUGUGUGCUCUCUGUGCUCCCCGCCAAACCCUGAACAGAUUGGGGACAGAAGAGGAAGUCUUGUUGUGUGGGUGGAAGCCCUCAAUAUAGGAAACCUAAAAUUGACUAAACUUCAAUAUAUUUGUAUACAGUGUUACCUUGGUUUACAAAGUUAAUCCGUUCCAGAAGUCCAUUCUUAAACUGAGGCAUGCUUUCCCUAAUGAGGCCUCCCACCGCCGGUGCCCUUCCACUGUUUGGAUUCUGUCCUUAGACCGAGGUAAAGUUCGCAAACUGGAACACUACUUCCGGUUUUGCGGAGUUCAUAAACCGAAUAGUUCAUAAACAGGACUGUUCGUAAACUGAGGUACCACUGUAUUGGAAAACCUCAGUAUUGGUGCUUUUUCAUUUAAUGCAGCAAGUGGAAGAGAAGUUGGAAUUUAAUAAAGAAACACUACCAGUUUGUUAAAAGGAAAGACAAUCUUCUAGAUUGAUAUUUUGGUUCCCUGGUUUUUUUCUUCCCUAUCCCAGUAACACACCAGAACGGAAAUAAAGCUACAGUGGUGCCUCGCAAGACGAAAUUAAUUCGUUCCACGAGUUUUGUCGUUUUGCGCUUUUUUUCGUCUUGCGAAGCACGGUGUCAGGAAAGUUUUGGAAAAGCUCCAAAAAUCACCAAAGUCUUUAAAAACCUCAAAAAAGGCUACCACACCGCGUUCUAUGAGUUGCUCCUCGAAGUCAAGUUGCAACUGUAUUAACGGUGUUAAGAAAAAGGAAACAAACUUGCAAGACGUUUCCGUCUUGCGAAGCAAGCCCAUAGCGAAAAUCGUCUUGCGAAGCAGCUCAAAAAACAAAAAACCCUUUCUUCUAGUGAGUGUUUUGUCUUGCAAGGCAUUCGUCUUGCGAGGUACCACUGUAUGUGGGAUCAGAGAUUUCAGGCCCAGUAGACAUAGAUUCCCAGUAUCAUUCAUAAGCAGGCAGUGAGGCAGGUAGAAUUUAUUUUAACAUGACUGUAGCUUGAAUGCCUUCCAUGAACAUUUGGAGACUCACUUUCAGAAUACCUAUUAGUUUUACAGUUUCCUCUUGAAUCCCUAUUUAGGGAAAUUUUUAAUGUCUGAAAUUUUAUUCUGUUUUUAAUGUUCUGCUGGGAGCCACCCAGAGUGGCUGGGGAAUCCCAGCCAGAUGGGCGGGUAUAAAUAAUAAAAUUAUUAUUAUUAUUAUUAUUAUUAUGAAUCCAAAUGAGAAUGACAGGAAGCUAUAGCAAUGUGUCUCAUGUAUUUGCUUUCCAGGAUUGCUCUGGAACUUAUCGUCCACAGAUGAACUGAAAGAAGAUUUAAUACAUGAAGCUCUUCCUGUUCUGACUGAUCGUGUUAUUAUUCCUUUCUCUGGCUGGUCUGAUGGUGUUAGUACUAGAUCAAGAGAAAUUAUUGACCCAGAGGUAUUCUUCAAUGCCACUGGCUGUCUGAGGUAGGUCAGCAGACAUAUUAAUAUUUUGAUCAUAUUGAAAAAACUGAGAUGCAUUCUGCUUGUCUGGCAAAUAUUCUCAAAAAGGCCCUUUUGCAUUUUUGUUAUGUAUGUAAUUUAGAAUGUUGAUAUACUGUCUUCUAUCAAUGAUUUCAAGUCAGUAUACAAAAAUUAAAGCAACAAAACAAAUGAUGCAUGAAAGUGCAAUUAAUAGUCCAAUUUUAAGAAACAAAGAAUAGCCAUAUUGAUCAACAAUAAACUCUCAGAAAUUGUCUACAAUUGGGACAACCCCAAAAGUCGCUAGAAUGUUGCAAGCAUUUCACAUUCCAGCAGUGGAAUUUGAAGUUUUAAAAUUUAAGAUAAAAGAAUUUUUUUAACGCUUGGGUGAAUUGAAAGGUUUUUGCUUGUCACUUAAAAUUCAAUAUAUACCAUGCUGAGUAGAGCAAUCCAUUGUAGAGCUCCAUGUCUGAAAAAAACUUGGAAUUGUAAGCUAAAAUUCCAAUGAAAGUGGUAUUUCGAGAAGGUCAUUGAUUCACUGCUUUUGGUUCCCUAUUCUAGUAACAAACCAGAAUGUAAAUAGAGCUAUAGAGGGACUGGACUCAGAGAUUUCAGGCCCAGUAGAUGCAGAUUCCCAGUAUCAUUGAUAAGCAUGUGAGGUGUGGUAGUUUGAGCAUAAAGCUAUUUUGGGUUGUAAAGGUUAAAAGGUUAAGUGCCAGCCUUUAAAUUGACAGACAGUGAAGUUCCUUUAAGUUUGCAUCAAGCACUGUCCGAUUCGGCACCAAAUGAAGCUUCUCAACCAUUCUCAUUGGAGUCAUCUAGAUGUAUUUUUGUUGUAUGCAUAAAGACUGGAGGCGCAGGUGCCAGGUGUGUGCUGGCACUCUGACCAAACGUUCUUCACCUGCAUGUUAAAAAACACACAAACCUUCUGCUUGCUCCUCAUCGAAUUUUAAUGACUGCUUCUGGCAAUGAAUUGCCCUCCAUAUUGGUUUUCUUCAUUAGAUUCCCUAGUCCUCUACAACCACCCCUUUUAAACUGUAGGAAGUCUCUUAGUUGGCAUGCAAUAGUUUUAUUCAUGCUUAGGAAAAGCUAUCAAACUCCUUGGCAUGAAUGUAUUAGUCCAGACUUGCAGUUUCUCUUACUGAUCUCCUGCAAUGCUCGGCAUAUGAGAAUCACUGAAUGAGCCAAUGGAACAGCUACACAAUUAGAAGUUCACCCUAAGGGGAUUGAGCAGCAGCAGUUCACGCCUCAAGCACACACAUGAACUAAAAGUACCAUUGUUUGCUGAAAUGAAAAAGAUGAACUGCAUCAGCGACUGCAGCUUUCUUGGUCCAGGGGUCUAACAAGCUGAUAUAAGCAGCUUGUAAACUCACUGUACAAUAGUAAAUUAUUUCCAUUCUUGCUUAGGUAGAUAAAAUGACUCAGUGCAAAAUGGAAGCAUUCCAAGCUCCAUAUCUUCAAACCUUUGGGAGUCUGAAGGGAAAACAGUAAAAAUAGCUCCAUAGUGAUCUUAAAACUAGUUAGAGCUUGUUUGUGUAUCAGAAAUGGUCUCUAUUAAAAAAAAAUCUCAGCAUCUUGACACAGUAUUGUGAAGUAAGCCUCAUGUGAGAAAAACCAGUGUCUUGAAGACGUUAGCUGUAACCAUCCAAACAGCACUAUUUCCUUUGAUCAAACAAAAUAUUUGCAUUUGCCCUCAAACAUUUUGAAAUAUUGUUUCAUCUUAAUAGUUGUGUUAUGAAACUUGGCAGGCAUCAGACUUUUUUUUUUUAAAUAAUUUUUAUUAACCAGCCAAUCAAAUCAAAUUAAAUCACAUCACAUAAAUUCCGAAUUACAAAGCCGAAUUUUAAAUUUUGUUGGGGGGACGCAUAUUUCAAGAUCUGAAGGGGGAUUCUGAUCAUCUUCUUGCUACUGCGUUAAUGUCCAAAUCAGUCCAAAUCAGUCCAAACAAAGUUCAUAAUUCUAUCCAAUCUUAUCUUGCUGUUUCCACAUCUCAUCUUGUUUAUAUAUUUUCUCUUUUUUCUUUAUGAUCUCUUCUGAUAGUCUCCUUAAGCCGAUAAACACCAAUAAUAAUAAUAAUCCUGUGUGAAUUUUCCGUUCUUCCAUUCCUCAAAUCGAGAUGGUUUCCAUAUAUCAUCUCCUUCAUAGAUGACAUCGCUCUUUCCAUCUCACAAAGCUGUCGCUCUUAAGUCCCUCUGAGGAGUUUCACCCACAAUAUAUAAACAGCUCUAUUUCUCUCUUUCUCCUCCCAGACUCAAGACCUCCGACAGAACUUCCCAAUAUGGUGACGGCAUUUUUAACUGCGUCAUUCCCAAGCUCUCAUACAUUCCUCGCUCUUCUUAAAACAUGCUUUGGUUCAAAAGUUUAUCUCCACACAGCCUUAAAUCCACAGCUUAAGUCCUUAAAACGACAUUUCUGACUUGUGACUCGUGAGGGGAGGGGAUUCUUGUUAAUCUCAUAAGAAAAGAGGGGUUUUUUUCCCCCUCCCCCAUCAGUCAUUUGCCAUACCGUGUCUUGGCGUAUCUUCUCAUGUUUAUUCUUGUCUUGUUUUAUCAGAGAUCUCUUCUAUAGCAGUCUUUACUCCCCUCCUUCCUUGAAAUAUGUGCAUUCCUUCAUCCAAAUUGUUUUCUUUUGAAGUUCUAGCAGCUAGUGGCGCGAAUCAGGGACGGCAUCCAGGAGUGCCGGAAUCCCACAGGAGGGCUUUGUGCCUAGUGCCCCCAUCCCUACAAGUUUGGGGGUGGUAUAGGGCACAGCAGGCAAAGGCAGUCCCCCCACCGUCCGGGGGGGGGGUUAGGGAGGCUAAUUACUCCCAUCAUAGCCUCCAAAUUACCUCGUGUGGGUCGGAGAGAUGUUAUUGUCAGCCAUCUUCCGAUGCGCCGGCAGGCAUCAGACUUAAUGGUAGAGUAACUGAGCAAAAGGAGAUGAGUUUGAGCUAUUGAAAGGGGAAAGUUCUCAGACUCCCUUGCAACCCCUGGAAAACCAAUCAGAAUUGUUAAAUUAAGUACAGUGGUACCUUGGUUCUCAAACUUAAUCCGUUCCGAAAGUCCGUUCCAAAACCAAAGCAUUCCAAAACCAAGGCACGCUUUCCCAUAGAAAGUAAUGCAAAAUGGAUUAAUCUGUUCCAGACUUUUAAAAACAACCCCUAAAACAGCAGUUAUAACAUGGAUUUUACUAUAUAAUGAGACCAUUGAUCCAUAAAAUGAAAGCAAUAAUCAAUGUACUGUACUAUAAAAUAAAUAAGACAGUAUUGUAGAUGAUAAAAAAAUUUUUUUUUUUUUAAAUCCUUACCUGCACUGAUGAUAGUCAUUGUUUGGAUGGAGGGCUUUUAUCCAUUUCCUUAGUCACACAAUCAAUCAGUAGCUGAACUGGGUUCCACACAGUCACAAAUACAACUUAACUGAAAAAGCCUCAAAAACAAAAACGCAAAAUAAAUAGCAAAAACAAAAGUGCCAAACUUAAUCCAUUCCAGAAAUCUGUUUGACUUUCAAAAUGUUCGAAAACCAAGGUGCCGCUUCUGAUUGGUGCAGGUGCCCCAAAAACAAUAGCCAACAGCCGCAUCGGAUGUUUGGCUUCCGAAAAACAUUCAAAAACCAGAACAGUUACUUCUGGGUUUUUGGCAUUUGAGAACCAAGGUGUUUGAGUACCAAGGCAUUUAAGAACCAAGGUACCACUGUACUUGGAUUAAUGAGCUUUCAGACAUUAUAUUCACCCCUUAAAAACAUUAUUUUUGAAUAGUUAUUUAAAUGAUUAGAAUCAGCUAAUAUUAAAUCACCCUGUUUCUCUCAGCAUAUGCAACUUUUGGGACCAAGCUAGACCCAAUGCUAAAUGCAUUAUUAGAAACCCUGGCUGUGUACACUCUCCCUUUUACUUUGCACCCAGUGUGCUCCCACCACUGGUUUUGGAAGCAGCAUACAUUCCACAUUAGCCAUAAUCCAUAUCUAUCCUGUAUCUAUCCUGCCAUUCUUUAUGAAAUACAGCAUUUUGAUGUGUCAUCCCCCCCAAAUAAUAUUUAAUCCAAAUUGAGCAAAAGAAAGACUGAGAUGUGUUUUAAGCCAGUAAUAUGUACACAGCCGAUAUUGGGCUUAAAAAGAAAAAGAAAAAUUAAUAGUAGAUAUUGCAGAUGAUUUUCAUUGAGGACUACAGCAUGUGGGGAGGGGAGGUUUAACCAUUUAUUCCCCAGCUGUGAUCCCAGCUAUUAGCUUUAGAAAGAAAGCUGCCAUGAAGCUAAUAGUUGUGCUUAGGAGCAGAUCUAUUUUGUGGAAUAGGUCGGCGAUAUAUUCCACAUGCUCUCUGUAUAGGAGAAUUUCACCCUCAUUGAAUCAAAGAGAACUAGAGAGAGAUUGGUGAGCACAGGACAAGAGUAACUGAGGUGCCUGACUCAUCUGAUUACUUCUCCCUUUGAUUUAUAAAAUGUCUCUUCCCUGUAGGAACCUGAGUUCUGCAGAUGUUGGACGUCAAACCAUGAGGAACCACCCUGGACUGAUUGACUCUGUAAUGGCUUAUUCUCAGAACUGUGUGGCUGCCAACCGUCCAGAUGACAAGGUACAAGUCAGACGUAGAGUAAUGUUUGUUCAUCAGCUGAUAUAACUCUUGUUAACAUUGCCAGAAUUGUAAACCCAGAAUUAUUUUUACAGCAAUGUCUUUUUUUAAAGAAUCCUGCCCUGUGUAAAGUAUUUAUGCACUGACAACUGAGAGAAGUGACUGGUUAUCUCGUUUUCUUUGUUUUAGUCUGUGGAGAACUGCAUCUGUAUCCUUCACAAUCUGUCCUACCGCCUUGAUGCUGAGGUGCCUAAUAAAUACACGCAGCUCAACCACAUGGCCAGGAACAGUUACACAGACAAGACCCUGACUGGCUGCUUCAACAACAGAGGUGGAAAACUGGAGGUGAGAUUUGGUGCAUAGAGCUACAUCAUUGCCUUGUGUUAAAGGCAACUUUGGAUGAUGAUUAUUUCAAUUUCUUGCCCGCCUUUCACCAUAAAGUCCCAGGGUGGGUUUCAGCAAUUCAAAAAUGCAAUAUUCAAAAACAGUUUAAUAUUAGUUUUGUGUAAUAAAUAAGUAAACUGGGGUUCUUUUGCAAAACAUGGGUUAAAAAGGGGGUUCUUUUAUAAAACUUCAGCUUCUUAGAUAUUUUAAAUAUUCUUAUUUACCCUUAGUAUGAUGACUAUGACCUACCUCUUCCUGAAGAGGACUAUAAACCCAGAGGGUCCAGCUGGUUGUACCAUUCAGAUGCCAUCCGCACAUAUCUGUCUCUGAUGGACCAGAGCAAGAAAGAUGCUACCCUGGAGGCUUGUGCUGGAGCCCUGCAAAAUCUGACUGCAAGCAGAGGACUGGUAAAUGCAUUAUUUUGCCCUCCACAUCUGGUUAGACAUCUGGAAAAGCACUUUGUUAACUGAUGAUAGUAGACACUCUGUGUGUGAUGUAUGCUGGCUACCACCCCAAUACUCUAGAAAUAAGCAAUGCCUAAUUAUUUACUUUUCUAGAUGUCAAAUGCAAUGAGCCAGUUGAUUGGUCUAAAGGAGAAAGGUUUGCCCCGUAUAGCACGCCUUCUGCAGUCCAAUAAUGCUGAAGUAGUUCGCUCUGGAACAUCCUUGCUGAGCAAUAUGUCUCGACACCCUAUUCUACACAAAACAAUGGGUAGGCACCAUUUUGUAUUCUACCUAUUUUCCUUUCUUUACAUUCACACGCUUUUCUUCAUAUAUGUCGUUUCUUUUCCAAAGUCCCACUCUGCUAAAUGAUCAGAGUGUUUAAAUCUCUUCUAUCACAAUACAGUGGUACCUCGGGUUAAGUACUUAAUUUGUUCCAGAGGUCCGUUCUUAACCUGAAACUGUUCUUAACCUGAAGCACCACUUUAGCUAAUGGGGCCUCCUGCUGCCGCCGCGCCUCUGGAGCACGAUUUCUGUUCUCAUCUUGAAGCAAAGUUCUUAACCUGAGGUACUAUUUCUUGGUUAGCGGAGUCUGCAACCUGAAGCGUAUGUAACCAGAGGUACCAUUGUAAAGUGUUCAUCGGUGAGAAGCUGGUUCAACAUUUUUCUGUUCUCAUCCAGUUUUGUGCUUUCAUGUUUGUUCAAGAUCAGCAGGUCUAUCUAAUGAUCUAAAAAGCAACUGAGAAUAAGCAAAGAAUUAUUUACCCUCCGGAUGAUGCUAUCUCUCUCAUGUAAAAUGCUGUUGGUUGGGGUUUGGAGGGGGGCAGGUGUGUUAGGUUAGGCUUGGUACCCACAGUCACAGCUACAUGAACUUCAUCACUACCUGAAGCUGAUCUGCUGUGGCUCUUCCCACCUGAUAAUUUUGCUUUUUAGCAAAAGUGGGAUCUGUUGCUACAACUCCCAAGGAUGACUAAUAUUCCCCUUAUGCCCGAUUGUAGACCUUAUUGAGUAAUGCUUAUUUAGUUUCAGUAACCCUUUUGAGUUUUAGACAACUCAAUAGCUUUUUUGAGUUGUAUUUAAUGGUAAUCUGUUUCUGCCCUUCAGCUAAUCAGGUGCUCCCAGAUGUGACCCGUCUCCUGGCCCUCCAGGCUCCAGGUUCCAGCAACUAUGGGGACAUUAUGACAUCUGCUUGCUACACACUGAGGAACCUAAUCAUGUCCAACCCACAAAUGGCCAAGCCCUACCUGACAGGCAGCUUGAUAAAUAAUGUUGUAGGCCUAUGCCGUAAUGGGUGAGUAAUGGUGACAAAAAGUGGGCAUAUGAGAGAUUUGAACCAUGAUUUGAAUAUAUCCCUUUCUUUGCAUACCAUAUAUAUGUGCAGCUUAGAACUUUUCCAUUUCUAAUUUAUUUAUUGCAGAACACUGACACCUCACCAUAAGCAUUUUUAAAAGCUGUGGUUAGUGUGAGUCUCAGAUACUGAGUUUGUUUUCCUAAACCACUGAUGGGAAACCUGUGGUCCUCUUGUUGUUAUUUGAUCCCAGUUUCCAUCAGGCCCAGCCAGCAUGGCCAUUAGUCAGGGCUUUGUAAAGCUCCUCAGCGCUGCCCUUAACUUUGAACCUGGCAUACCUAGAGACUCAUUAAUACCAUGGAAUGGGGUUGGUGGUGGCUGCUGUCUACUGAAUGGCAUUUUAAACUUUGGCUAUUGUAGUUUAUUUUGUAAACUACAUUCUGAAGAUUUGCAUGUAACACUAAACCAAGAUUUAGCACUGCAUGGAUGAGCCAGAGGGAGGAGUACAGAAAGAAGAAAUGCCAUAGUACACCUGCAACAGCACAUCAAACAUGUCUUUCCCAUAUCGGUCUCUACAACCUCAGCAGAUGCUGUAACUCUCCAGUGGUUUGAAUUCAUCCCCAAAGGCCCACUAAAUCACAUAUUAUUAUUAAUAUUAAUAUUAAGAAUAAGAAUAAGAAUAAGAAUAUAUUUAUAUACCCAUCUGGCUGUGUUUCCCCAGCCGCUCUGGGUGGCUUCCAACAAAAUAUUAAAAUACAGUAGUCCAUCAAAUAUUAAAAGCUUCCAUAAACAGGGCUGCCUUCAGAUGUCUUCUAAACGUGUGGUAGUUGUUUUUCUCUUUGACAUCUGGUGGGAGGGCGUUCCACAGGGCGGGUGCCACUACUGAGAAGGCCCUCUGCCUGGUUCCCUGUAACUUGGCUUCUCACAGCGAGGGAACCGCCAGAAGGCACUUGGCGCUGGACCUCAGUGUCCGGCCAGAACAAUAAGGGUGGAGACACUCCUUCAGGUAUACAGGACCGAGGCCGUUUAUAUAUAUAUUGUAUAUAUAAUACUACAUAAAUAUACAUAUAUUAUAUACCUAUAUAUUUUAUAUUUUAUAUAUCUGUUUAAAUCUGUUUAAAACAUAACAAUAAUUACAAAAAAAAACCUAGUCAAUUUCCAAAGGCCUGUUGGAACAAGAAAGUCUUUACCUGCCAGCGGAAGAACAGCAAGAAAGUUGUUGUCAUCCAUCCUUUUCUGGAAAGCUCAUUUGCCUUCUUUUCUUUCUGUAGAUCUUAUCCAAAAGCAGCUGAAGCUGCUCGGAUGCUGUUGUCUGACCUAUGGUCAAACAGGGAGCUCCAAACUAUACUAAAACAGGUAAGAGAAUAAUGUGGUCUUUUUCACUAUUUCUCAUAAACAGCAUGGCACUUGGACAGCCCCACUCACAUAAUAAAAGGUGUGGCUAGCCCUAUGGUGAAUGUCUCCUAAGAUCAUAGAAACAGUGUUUUUUUAACAAAAAGUUGUGAUGGUAAACUGUUUUGGAAAGUAGAGCUGUCAUUUUGUUUCAUUUUUUGUAUACAGAAUUGUUUUAGAGGCGUCUCUUCUGGAUGAAAAGGAAUUACCUUUUCAGAUAUUCAAUAUAAAUAAUAUAUACUGUGACAUAUCUUUUUUAAAAAAUGCAAUGCAUUUUCUAGUGCUUUGUUAGUUUUGCUCCUCUGGUCUGCUGAUGGAUGACAAUUAAAAAGAAAAGAACAGAAAGAUACACGUCGACUAAUUGUGGACACAGAAGCAGAAUAUUCAGAAGCUUUGCAAAAUGUUUUUGCAUUUAUAUAUGAGUUAUUAAGUGAGGUUGCUAGAAAUCUUCAGUUGAAACCACUCUCGUGCCUUAGAGAGUUUACAUGUGCAACAUAUAUAGUUUGUGAGUGCAUCCACACAUUUGCCUGAAUUUGACUUCUCUCAUGCUUAUAUCAAAACAUCUGACUCCUCAUAACAUAAUGGUUCUUCAUCCAAUUUAUCCUUAUGUGAUCUACAACCUUCCAUUCUGCAGCAAGGAUAUGAUAGAAAUAUGAUGGGAUCCUUAACAGGAAGCACUCUCAGGACCCUUUCUUCAAGGUUCUAAGAAGAUACCUUUCCUGCAUGUUUGGCUUACAGGUAAACAACUGAAUCAGACUUUCAAAGCUGGAGGGGGAAACCUUAGUCACAUCUAGAUUAGCCUCAAUAUGCAGGGCUGGUCAGUCAUAUCACUGCUGGGAGGUAGAGGGAGAGAUGUGAGUUGAUGGCCAGGUCGGUGUGGCACAAAUAAACUGGUAGAAGGACUGAAUUGGCUCCGCUGGUUUGUUUGCACCAUGCCAACUUCACCAUUGCCCUCACCCACAGCAGGUAAGCAGCAGCAAUACAACCAACUGGAUGACAGGGGAACACUCUCAGGCCACCACAUCAUCCACUGCUGGGUACAGGACUCAAGGGAAACCUCUUAUCUCCCAAUCCCAAAAAAGGUUGUACUUCCACGGGGUUAUCAGUGGGUUAAGCUGCUGCCUUAAGAACUGGGACAAAGAGGGAGAAGUGAAGGAUUAUUUAGGGAGCAUAUAGCACCCUCCCAUUCUGAGCGCACUGUGAUCUGUGUGCAGCUAUGAACUCAUGGCUCAACAGAGGAGCAGCAGGAAGAAGACUUGGUUGAGUCGUGUCCUAUCAGGGGUGCCAAGUUGAAUAAAAUAUUGUGGGGCCCCAGAGAUAAGCCUCACCCUGCAUAAUUGAUCACAUGACACAGUGCACACACACCAUUUGAAUGGGAAUGCCCAUCAACUUUGUGGGGGCACGGUCCCCUCAAAUACUUUAUGGUGGGGCUGAAGCCCCUAGGAUUUGACUCCUAUGUGUGUUAUGUAUUCCACAGGUACAACUGCGCAUUAAAGGCGCACAGGGGCAUUUCUCAAUAUGUACAUAGGGGAAAUGACUAAUUCUGCAGUCUUUUUCUUUUUCUUUCAGACUUUGUGACUCUUUUCUGCCUAGAGGCCUCUGCCGUCAAGAAAUUGUUUGGACAUUAACAUACACACAGAGAGAAUGUUGCCAGAUUUCAAGACACUUGUAAAACUAGGUACAAAAGCUGUAUUGCCUGGCAUAUCUUAAAAUGUUCUAAUGGCUGUUUUAAAUAUUUCUUUCAUUUUUUCUGGGGAUAGGCUGGGAGGCUGGAGGUUAAUGGUACUUGAUGUCAAUUGUUAGUAUUUUUAAAAACAAACAAACGGGGGCUUACAAUUUCGAGAGGUACAAUGAAUAAGUUAGACACCUACCUACCAACUGAUGCUAUGUUAGGAAACUUUUAAGGAGGUAGCACCUAUGUAUGUAUAUAUUUAGUGGGUGUACGUAUACAGUGGUGCCCCGCAAGACGAAUGCCUCGCAAGACGGAAAAACCGCUAGACGAAAGGGUUUUCCGUUUUGAAGUUGCUUCGCAGGACGAAUUCCCCUAUGGGCUUGCUUCGCAAGACGAAAAUACCUUGCGAGUCUUGAGUUUUUUUUUUCGCUUUUCCCCCCCUUUAUCUAAUCUGCUAAGCCUUUAAUAGCCUUUAAUAGCCUUUUAGCAGCUAAUCCCCUAAGCCUUUAAGCCUUUAAUAGCCGCUAAACAGCUGAUAGCGCUAAUAGCGCUAAUCCGUCAAUGGGCUUGCUUCGCAAGACGAAAAAACCGCUAGACGAAGACUCUCGUGGAACGGAUUAAUUUCGUCUUGCGAGGCACCACUGUAUAGAGUGGGAGAAGUGGAAUUCCAGUGUCACCAAAGGCAUUUGGGUGCCAUUCAGUGCAUAACAGUGCAAUUCAAUGUUUGUUUAUUUGGAAAACUGAGUUCACUGGGGAUUACUCCCAUGAAAAUGUGCACAGGAUUGCACAACCUAAAGGGUUGGGAGUCAGCCCCAUUGAACAUAGUGUGGCUUCCUUCUUAAUAACCAUGCACAGGAUAGUGCUUUAAGUCCUUUUUAUUCCUCAUUUUCAACAAAUUAUGUAAAAUUACUAAUACCUUAUGUGUUUCUUUCUUUGUCAGUGGUCAUUCUACAUAGAUAAUUAGUAUAGAGCUCCUGUUUUAGAUUGCUGAAAUUAUUUCUCCCUAAACUUUACUGACAUCACAGAGUUUCUUCUGCAUUCAUCUUUUUUUGGGGGGGGGGUGAGGGUGUGGGCACCAGUUCUGCUUUCGUAUUCCAUUUUAUGGCUAAGCAUUUUUCUCCCUAUAGGUCACUUAGUUUCCAAAUCCCAAGAAGCAAAUUCAUGUCAGAUAAAUUUCUCCUGAAUUGAUUCUUGAUAGAUUUUGAAAACUUUAUUUUUAUACUAUAUAUAAGUAAUGGAUUGUGUGGAAGACCCCCAAGGUCUUACUAAGGAUAUAAUCUACCACAAGCUUCUAUGUGGCUUUUCAAAAAUAUUUGCUUUACCAAAGUCGGAUUCUUGUUAUUUCAUAAAUCCGUCAGCUGAACAAGUCUGUCGAUAUAUACUCAGAAAAAAGAAAAAUAGACAUGAUCUACUCUUUGAGAAUUCCUGUCAUGUUCACUCAGUAGCACAAACAAUUUCCUCUCACCCAAUGGAACUUUCCUCUCCUCUCCUCUCCUCUGCCCUGUGGGCCCCCAAGCCCCCUUCACAGGGUCUUCCAGCCCUCUGAAGUAGAUUCUGAAGAUGCGGGGGGAGGACAUAGAAUUGGAUUGGGGGUGAAGAGAAAAGGAAAGGGAAACGCUCCAUUGUGAGAGCAGCAGUCUUCUGACUUCACUUUGUACCCAGAGCCUUCUCCCAAGGCUCAUGAGUAGGAACCAAAAUGAAAUUACAGUGUUUAACAAGUAGCUAUGAAAUUGAACCGUUUCUUGUCAGACCAUUUUAGAAGCUUGGGAGGAAAGGGGUGGUGGUUUUCAUUAUUUUUAAAAAAAGAAAUAUGUUCAAGCAGUUUCUGCUGGAUCUAAAAUGGAUUUGCCCUAUGCUUUUCAACUACCAUUUCAGUCUUCACACCUCAGAGGCAUCCUGUCAUAGGUUUUUGUACAUUUUUCAGUGGUGUGUUGUAAUACUCCUGGGGUGGUUAUGGCAUUUUGUAGAGGAGCUUUAGCUUGGGCAAAUGGUGCGUCGUUAUUCAGUGAUAAAAGUACAUUUAUGAAAGCAAGUUGCUGUGUCAUUCCAAAUAAACGACAAAAAGAUAAGUUAAUUCAAAGAAGUUGAGGGCGGGAAAGUUUCCUGUUCUCUCCUUCUCCCUGCAGAUAUUUGCAGUCUCCAGGUGGGGAACUCUCCAGAGGAUGGGGGACUCUCCUGCACAUUGUAGAAUGACGUGCAGGGGGAAAGGAGCCAUCAGGCAGCUGAGAGAGCACAGACCUAGGGAAGAAGUGAAGUCUUGGAAAGGAGGACUGGGACAAGGAGUGGUACAGAAUAAUGGAGAGGAGUUGAGAGGAGUGGAGCUGAGAGGGAGGAAUCUAAGAGGAGAAAGAAACUAGGAAAGAGAAUGGGCAGACAGGAAGGUUGCACAUGGCCAGGAACUGUAGAAAUGAACAGUGUUGCAAUUUACCUUUGAAUGUACCAAUCAAAUGUAUCGGCAGUAGGUUUCUGGAUUACAUGUGCUUUAUCUCAUCUUCAUCAGUUUGAUUGGUUCCAAGUUUUCAGAGGACCCUCAGCAAAAUCAACUCCCUCCUAACUAACAGGGACAAGAUGCUGAUGUUUAAUUUCCCACAAUGCCUAUGUUGCAUCACUCCAUGGUAUUGUGGGAAAUGUAAAAGUGGUGCCCAGUGUUGAUUUAGAGUCCUGCCUGCUGGGGGGGGGUAGAUGAGGGGGCAGGCACAGGUCACAUGUCAUUAGUAGGCCCUAGCAGAGUCAGGUCCCAAGAAUUGCUGUGUGGUGAUGCCAGACCUGGUCAUGAACUACAUUUUUAACAUUUGAUAUUUCAUAACGACAAGCUACUAGUAGUCUUAAUAGUGUUCAUAUAUGUAAGCAUAAAGUGUGUGUCUACACAUACACCAGAUUUGUUAACAGAAUGAUUAGCAGAAUGAUUAUCACUGAGUUAAUAGAAGGCUUUGGCACAACUAGUCAGUUAUCAGAUAAUCAAGAACUACCUGUCAUCUGCACUUGCCCUCCAUAAACCAGUUUUGUCAAUGUUUGGCAUGUAGUAAGAGAACCCUUACUACUGGUAUUGUUAUGCUGUUUAGCAAGGCAAAUUGAUCUUGAAGAGAUCUACAUGAGCAGUAAUGUCAAAUGCCCUACAAUGGCUCCUGAUCCCUGAUCAGCCCUCUUCUCCUAACUUAUUAUCCAGAGAGAAAUGGCUCCAGUGUAUAUAUCAUUUGCUAGCAUGGAAUGGAUGGAUAGAAUAUUAUCUGCGAGGAUGGGCUGAACAUUUCUUUUGGCCCUGCCACAUGAGAAGCAAGAUGCAACAGGCUGGUGUUUGCAUAGGAUGUGAGUCACGUAAAUAAAUGCUAGAACCUGUUAUGACCUCAAGAUAGCAAAAAGUGCUUUCCUUAUUAGGGCUUGCUUUGUUUUAUGCAUUCUAAAAUGCUAGCCAAAGGAUGUCUUGGAUGUCCAAUGCAUCAUUUCAGAAGGCUCAUGGGCACAACUAGAAGAAAUGAACUUUUGCAAGCUUACUCCUUGGUUGUAUUAAUUUACUACCUUUUAUUACCACCCAUAUCACUAACCCAGCUAUACAAAGUAUUCUGUAAUAUAUAUGUACAAGAAUCCCAUGUCAACUUUGUUUUUUCCUGUACUGUAUGUGUAUUUGCUUCAUUGGAACAUCUGAAAUCAAUAAAGAGUUGGGAGAUCUUUUAACUUUUCACCUUGG